AGGGCGAGCCAGCCGCGUCCUGCCCCCGCCCGCCCGCCAACCGAGCAGCGCGCCGGCCGCGACAGCAGCAGCAGCAGCAGCGACUUUUUGUUUCGGCGGGGCGGGCGCAUGCGCUCUCCGCCAGCAAGGGCUAGAGGAGGGGGACGGACGGGCUGCUCUGGGAGCUGGCUGCAGGCGCAGAGCGCAGCACCGCGGAGGGCCCCAUGGCCGCCUGCUAAUGGGGCAGCGGCGCUCGCCGGCAGGCGGACCACGACCACGACGAUGCUGCCUGUGGAGGCCGAUCGGGUGCCGCUGAGCCGACGCAGGCCGGGCAUGGAGCCUUGGCAGCUGCUGUAGGAGCCGCCAGGAGGAGGCGGAGGAGGAGAAGGCGGAGGAGCGGGCGAACAAGCGAGCGGAACAAUCCGAAGCCCCCCGGCUGGGGCGGAGGCGGAUCGCACAGCCCAGGUGAUGGAGAAGCGCCCGAGCCGCUUGCAUCCCCACCCCGCCCCCGCCCAGCAUGCCCACUCCCUAGCCUUCCUAACGGCCCUUUCUCCGGAGCCUCGGGGCCCUUCCCGGAUCCCCUCCCGCUCCCCGAUCUCCUCCUUGGACCCCACCCCCGAUCCUUUCCAAACCCUCGCCCACGUUGCCAACACCGCCUCCCUCUUCUCCAGAUCUGCCCGUCUUUUUACCCCCCCCCAACCCGGUCGCCUCUCGUUUCCUGAAGAUCUUCCCUCCCCACAAGGGCCUCCUCCAUCCCCUCCCACCUUCUUAUUAUGGCCCUUUCCCACCCAAACUCCUGGCUUGGCUGCUUAAAAGGCCGGGAGGCUGUGACUGAGAAGGGGGGGCGGGUCUUCCCUGCCUGGAUCCUCUUAAAGGCCUUGCGAACACCCCCUCCCCAUUUGCCACGAUACGUCGCCAAAUUCAUGGGAGAGUUGCACAGUGCCUUUGAGUUAUUGCAGCCUCUCUCUCUCUCGCCCCCUUUCAAGAGCAAUGCUGGGAAGCCCCCCCCCCUUUCCCCGCCCUGCCCCCUUUUUCCUUGCUGCGCGCAGGUCUGGAGGCUGCUUUUGCUGCCGCUUGGGUCUGGCAGCGAGCUUUGGAGGGGUUACUAGAGUUCAGACGCAGCUGAGCUCGCAGGAGGGGAGGGUGCGGGGGGGGGUUCCGCAGCAAGUUGUAGAUUAAUGGAAAGUGCUGAAUCGAAAGAAAAAGCGAGGUGCGGGGGAGUGGAAGGGCCAGCGGGGUUAGGGAGAACUCGCUUUCCAAAGAGUGCGUCGGCUCCUUGCGGUGGGAUCCUAACCUCACCCAGGGUGGUGACCUGGGUGCUGAGGUUUGGCAAUGGCACUUGCGGCUCCCGGUUCCUUAAACGCUUUCGGUCUGUUCACCUUGCCACCGAGUUAGCCCCGAGCACCUAGAUCCGGAACUGGUUACGAGGAAUUAAAGGCCUGUCGAGAUCAAUGGGAUGCCCCAGGUAUGUCGGAUUGGAGUAUGGACGAUGGCCAUUUGUUUAUGGUCAGUCGUCGCGAGCGUUUUUGUUUUGUUUUUUACAGCGAGGCAUGCUUUGCUGCAAAACCGUCCCAUUUUGUGCGUGAAACUCGGUAUUAAAGAGAGAGAGGGAGGAAGGAAGCGGGGAGUCUGAAGAGGUCCAGUUGUAAAGCAAAUGCUUAUGUAAGAAUUAUUUCCCUUUUCUCAGUCUGGUGAGCAGGGCAGUCUGCCUGCACCUCUCUCUCCCAACCUGAUUCUUUUAGGCACCUUAAAUUAAAGCUUGCAAUGUGUGUGCGUCUGUGUGUUGGGUUUAAAAAUAAUAAUAAUCUUUCUCUUUGGAGCGGGAGUUUGCCUUGACAGAUGGGUAGCUAUUGGAAAUCUGCCUCCCUGUCAGGUAUUACUUUGUCCUCUAGCAAGUACAGGAAAGGAGUGUGUGUGCUAGGGAGACAGGCUGGGCUGGAGAAAAACGUGACUUUAAAGAUAAUUUAACAGGUUCCACUCCUGCGCAUUAUAUAUUUUUUAAAAACCCAACACCUUAGUAUGCUAACCUUUUGGUUAUGAUCACAUGCAGAUUUUGCUCUCGUUAAUGUCGACUUCUGGAAAUAAUUUCCUUUAUAAGUUAUGCGAUUCUUCUGGCUGUGAUCAGCUUCAAUUUUUGUUAAGAGAUGUGUUUAAAGCUCACUGUUUCGUGUGGAAGAGGCAAAGAGAUUAAUUUUCCAUACAUUAUUGUAAAUUAACACAGUUAACAUGCUGGCAUUGUACUGCAGAUCUGAUGUAAAUAGUUCCUCUUGGUUUUACUUAUCGUGGAGUGUUAAAUUGCAAUUCUCUAUAUAAUUUUGGGCUUUUGUCCAGUUUGGGAUUGGGCUGCAGAUUAAAUUAAAACCACAUUGUUAACGAAAGCUGUAAUAAGAAAAGGAUGGUUUAACUUUGGUAAAUAAAAAUUGGCUUCUUUAAUUGUGAUCAAUGGCAUGCUUGAGUGAGUAGGCAUUCUGACAGGCUUCUAGUUAUACUGUUAGGAAUAUAUUUGCAUCAAAGUGAUUUGGAAAUAGGGUUGCCAACACUUUCCUGAACAAAGCUCCUGUAUUUCUAACAGUGGCAUAGCGUUUAAAAAUUAAUAUUCAGAAAUAUUCUGUGGAAUACAGGAAAAGUAAUCUCCUACUACAUUUCUGUUUGUCUUAAAGCUGUUAAAUGCACAGGGGCCUUGCUGGAUAAAAAGUUGGCAACUCAGCAGGGAAUAGGCAACUGUGUGCUUUUUAACACUACAGCGUGACAUAAUGUCUUUCAGAGCAAUCAGGUUUUCUUCUAGCAGAAAUGUGAACAUCUUUCAACAUAGCUUUCUGUCUGCUUUACAGGACUGUAUACACUUAUAAAGUGAGUGAAGAAACUGAUGUCAGAAGUGAAUUGAAAUCAGUCAAGUAUACGAGAGAGGGAUUUCCCCUGUCCCCUUUUGAAAGUGAUGCAAAUCGCUGGUUUCAGUUCCCUCCUAAUAUCUCAUGUCCCGGGGGUGGGAAUUGCAGAUAAAUCAAUAUGUUGCAGAACUGACAAGUGCUGCAAAAAGGUGUGUUACUUUAUAGUCUGCUUUAAGUAAACACAGCACAAAAUCCAUUGAAUUAUUGCCUUUUGCCCUUUUUAGCUUGUCUAUUGGUAGUUCAAACUAUUAGAAGCCCUAUUGAUGCUUUAUAUUCCAGCUACUCUUUUCAACCAGUACUCUGCAUGAUACCAUCACACAAUGUUUGAUUCCAAAUACCUGACUGCAGUGAUUUUUUUUUAAAAAAGCUGUGGAACCAAAUACAACUUUAAUGUGUACUUUUCUUGAGUAGUAAAAGUGUUUGACGAUGGUGUCCUUCAGCGUGUGCUGUGUUUACAAUCGCCGAAAUUCCAUGAGAUUUUCUCAUGCAAAUAAUACACUUAAUUUAACAGAUUAUUUAUUCUGUGGAAUAGCUUUGCGUUCUGCUUGUACAGAUUUUCAUAGGAUUUUAUUCAGCCAGCUUUCCCUCAGAGUAGACCCACUGAAAUUAAUGGGAUUUAAGUUAGGCAGGGUCAUUAAUUUCAGUGGGUCUACUCUGAGUAAAAGUUGGUUGAACAAAACCAAUAAUUUACGGAUAUACAUAUAAAGGGAGGAGCCCCAAAGUAGUUUACCACUUCAGUUUUUGUAGGAUCAGAACUGUAUUGUACGCCGGCUGAACUUGGCAUCCUUACCUUCUUCUACUGAAACUUUGUGGCAUUUAUUAAUUUUUACAUCCAGUACAAGUUUUGUAGUGUCUGUAAAAAAACAGGUCUCUCAAACUUAUAUCCUAGAAGUCAUCUCUGUAUGAAUACAUAUACGCUUAUGUUGGAGAUUCCCAACUGGGUGCCCACCAGGUGUUUGAGACUAUAACUCACUUCUGCCCCAGACAGCAUUGCAUACUUACUGAGGCUGAUGGGAGUUGUAGUUCAAAACAUGUAGAAGGCACCCGGCUGAGAAAAGCUGCUUUAGAUACCCGGAAGCACAGCACAGAUUUGUAUCUUUGAUUUGGUUUAGUAUUAUUAUCUGGUACGUUUUACUGCUUUUGUGCUGUACUUGCACUACAUAUGUUACAUAGGUAUCUUGGGGCACCCCCCCCCCUUCUCUCACCCACAGAGGUGGUUGUUGAAUAAAGACUUUCAGAAGACAUCUGAAGGCAGCCCUGUACAGAGAAGUUUUUAAUGUUGGAUGUUUUAUGGUGGUUUUUAUAAAUUGUUGGAAGUUGCCCAGAGUGUCUGGGGCAACCCUGUCAGAUGGGUGGCAUAUUAUUGUUGUUGUUGUUGUUGUUGUUAUUGUGCCUGAAUUUUUUUAAGUGUUGCGCAGUUAUUAAAAGAUAGGACAGUCCCUGCCUGAAGGUUCACAGUCUAAUACAGGGGUCUGCAACCUUUAAGACAAAAAGAGCCACUUGGACCCGUUUCCGAAGAAAAAAAACCUGGGAGCCGCAAAACCGGGAAGGUGACGUCGGGACGGUGUGUGACUAACGCACGCACCGCCCCCAUGUGACGUCACAGCCAGUACAGCGCCCGCCACAGUGGGGAGUGUCGGGGCGCACAGUGCACCUCCUCCCCUCGCUAGUAUCUGCCCCGGAGCCGCGGCAAAGGUGUAAAAGAGCCACAUGCGGCUCCGGAGCCGCGGGUUGCAGACUCCUGGUCUAAUAAGACAGGAUACGAAAGGGGGUGGGAGAAUGAUGAUAUAAAAGGAAAACAAACUGCCUCUGAUUGAUUGAUUGAUUGAUUGAUUGAUUGAAUUUCUAUGCCACCCUUCAUCUGAAAAUCACAGAGUAGUUUACAAAACACACACACAAAAAUACACAGCAUAGUAACAAACGAAAACAAUACCCCCCACAAACGCUUUAGAAAUAUUGUACCACUAAUUUGAUUUAUCCUGUGCUUGCAGGAUAAACCGUAUAAAAGUGCCAGAGAGCCCACUAAAGUUAAGUGUGGGCCAACUCUUUUGAGAAGGUGUAUUUGCAAGACAUCUGCAAGGACAGAUCUAAAUGUCUGUGGAUGCAGACCUGAGUGUUGCCUUUCUCAUAUGGAACUUUCACUCCUUUUAAGGCAUGGAGAUACACACUGACAUCUUCCAAAUACCACAUGAGAAGCUGCCCCAAGAGCUCCUUUCAUGGAGCUGCCUUCUUUUCACUGGAAGGAAGGUGUCAGGGUAGUGUCCCUGGAGACCUGUCAUUUUUUCACUCACUUGGCAAGGCAUGGUCAAAGCAGGAGCUUUCAGAUUGCUAAAGUGCCUUCUCUAGAUUGCCAGCCACUUCAAGGUUGCUUUUCAUUAUUUAUUGAACAUAAGAUGAGCCUGCUGAAUCAGGCCAAUGGCCCAUCUCGUCCAGAAGGUGAUGGUGGUCCAGCUUCAGGCAUGCUUGCAGAAACUGGUUACUUAGGCUUCAGGCCUGGUCAUGGCACAGAAACUAUCUCAGUCUCACUGGUUGAUGGGAGAGAUGGAAGGAGUGUGACCCUGCUUGUUCUCUUCAAUCUCUUGACAGCUUUUGAGACUGUUGACCAUGGUAUCCUUCUGGAUUGUCUCAGGGAGAUGAGGGUUGAGGGCACUGUGUUUCCGUGGUUCCGCUCAUACUUCCGGGGCCAUUUCCAGAAAGUAGUUGUGGGAAGCUGCUGUUCAGCACCCUGGGAGCUGUCCUAUGGCAUCCGCUGAGGUUCCAUCUUGUCCCUCAUGCAAUUUAACUAUAUGAAGCCUAUGGGAGCUGUCACCAGAUUUGGUGAGAAUCAAUAUGCCGGUGACAUCCAGCUCUGCAUCUCUGUUCCAUCUGAAUCCGGAGAGGCUACUGAGGUGUUGUAAUGAUGCUUGGAGGUGGUGAUAGGCUGGAUGUGGCCCUGCAAACUGAAGUUGAAUCCUGAAAGGACAGAGAUGUUAUGGGUGCCAAGUUCUCAUGUCCAGGAGGUAGGAACCUCCUGUCCUGGUUGUGAUUGUACUCUGCAGCCUGGGAGUGCUGCUAGAUACUCUGCAGCCUGGGAGUGCUGCUAGAUUCAGCACUGAAGGCUCAUCCUUGGUGGCUGUGAAUGCCAGUUGUGGCCCCUUUUAGACAGAAAUGACAUGGCUGCUGUUCUCCAUGCUCUAGAAAUGUCCAGAUUUCAUUAUUCAAUAUGUUCUAGAUGGGGCUGCCCUUGAAGACAGCUCAAAAAUGUCCAAAAUGCAGUGGCAAGAAUACUGGUCAAGGUUCCAUUGAGUUUCCACAUAAUGCCUGCUUUAAAACAGCUGCACUGUGGGAACUUUGAUGUGACCAAUGUCUCUUGAUAAAAUAAACAGUAGAGGGAAUAUUGAGCAGAGUUGUUGCACUGAGAAAGGUUUGAAUGCCAUAAUUGGUGCACUAGUUGGGUUAGUGGAGGCAGGAAUUCUGACACAGUUGAGACCUACCAGACAAGAAACUGAAGUUGGUGAUAGUUUGGAGGUACAUCAAGAUGCGGAUAGGUCUAAGCAAAGACAGGAGGAAAAGGCAGCGGGUGAUGGAUUAAUAAGCACACUUGGAAAGGUAAUGAAUGAGUGGGAAAGUCAUAUUUCCAGUGAUGAUUCUUCUAGAAAGAGGCCCCCAGAUGUUCCACAGAUGUUCAUAACUGGUCAGUGAAGAAAUCCAGCAGUAUAAUGAAAACAGAAUCUGAACUGAAAUUCAAGCAGACAUGGAAAAGCAGCUGGAGGAGGAAGAGAGGACAGGGUGAAGAAAGAGCUGUGAGUGGGGGGAGCCUUUCCCCCAUUCUCUGGAGCCCCUAGGAAACUCCACAAAUCUGCUGAGGCUGGAUGGGUCAUGACUGUGGGCAGCCUGAGCAAGUACCCUCUGCCUCGGGCCUGUCAAUUGUGAAUACCUGUCUUAACUGUAACCAGGUAGGCAGUGUCACAUUAAUCUUUCAGGAUCAAGAUGUAUGGGAUAAAGUUUGGUCUUUAAUUCAUAUGUUUGCUUACAGAAAGCUGUUACUUGAAUUAAAAAGUUGUCCAAGGAAGCCCCUGCCACCCACCCAUUCUAAUGGCAAGUUAGAUAUUCAUCCCCUGUACUAGAGAGAGGGAAUUUCAGUCUGGAAAAGGCAACUUGAGAGGAAGGUGCCGGAAGUUCUCAAGCCAUAAGUUUCCUGCCUUUGUCACCCUACCCUAAUUAUAUAUAGAUAUGCUGCAAUAGACAAGACGGGAAACUUCAUAAUAUUGGCCUGAAUGUAGAUGUUGGAAUAAAUAUUUCCAGGUUUGAAGUUUCAAACUCCUACCCUGCUAGCAAUCUGUUUUGCAGAAAUCAAAUGCUCAAGGUAAGCCCAGGCAUAGGGGUAAUUAUAGAAAAGCAAAUUAUGAUACCUUUAGCUCUUCUCUAAGAUACCAUAACUAACUAUAAAACAUCCAGAAAGGGCUUAGCAAUCUUUAGUGCAACCUGGCGUGUUGGGAUAAUAAAAAGGCAGAUUAGGAUUUUAUUUGUAUGCUUCAGCAAUUUGAUACAAUAUGUUUGCAAGGGACUUGGUUGCACAAACUUAACCCACCCACCCCCUUUUACAGGGUUGUAACUCUUUUAGUGAGCCAGCUAAAUUAAGAAAUUUAAAAAGGGCCGAGGAAGUGGGGACUUGAUUACCGUACCUUGGUUUGGCAGAGGAAGUUUUCAUAGCAGAUUUUGGAGUUAAAAAUAAUUAACUUUUGUCCGUACAAAUCAAAACUCAAUUCGGAAUCUUUAUUUUCAGGAUCAAUGUAAGCAGAAGAGCUUAUUUAUUGCAUUUCUUUCCCACCUUAUUCUCCAGUGUGGUGUGGAGAGCCAGUGUGGUGUAGUGGUUAAGAGCGGUAGAUUCGUAAUCUGGUGAACUGGGUUCGAUUCCCUGCUCCUCCACAUGCAGCUGCUGGGUGACCUUGGGCUAGUCACACUUCUCUGAAGUCUCUCAGCCCCACUCACCUCACAGAGUGUUUGUUGUGGGGGAGGAAGGGAAAGGAGAAUGUUAGCCGCUUUGAGACUCCUUAGGGUAGUGAUAAAGCGGGAUAUCAAAUCCAAACUCCUCUUCUUCUUCUUCUUCUUCUUCUUCUUCUUCUUCUUCUUCCAUGGAGUCCAUUGUUCACCCCCUCCUCAGUUAAUCCCUACAACAACCCUGUGAGGUAGGUUCAGAGGCUGGCCAAGGUCACCCAGUGAGCUUCAUGACUGAGUGGCGAUUUGAACCCUGAUCCCCCAGGUCCUAGUCUGACACUCUAGUCUUACACCACACUGUUUUCUUAGAGUACUUCUGCUAUGGGACAGCUAUAUACUGUAUUUUUCCAUGUAUAAGAUGAGCUUUUUUUACCCAAAAAUGAGGCUCAAAAUUUACGCUCGUCUUAUAUAUGGGUAAUGCUAAGGGGGAUGUGUGAAUGGUUUUUUGGCGCGAGCCCGGAUUGUAAGUGGCGAUUGGCUGCUUGAUUGUUGGGGGGGGGGGGAUGCCGAAAAUCGCUCACCCACCAGAAUGCAGCACCCAACCGCUCGCGUCGCAGCUGCCUGGUCACCGCCUUUAGCCCUCCUGCUUGCCACUGCGGCAGCCAAUAGACAGCUGCCCUUGUCGCAGCAAGCGGGAGCGUGAUUGGCGGCCGCUGGCGGCGAUCGGGGAGCUGAUAGGUGGUUUCUGCGAUGCGAGCGGCAAGUAGGAGGGCUAAUGGCAGCGAUCAGGCAGCUGCGACACGAGCGGUUGUGUGCUGCGUUCCAGCGAGUGAGCGAUUUUUGGGAUCCCCCCCCCCAAACAAUCAAGCGGCCAAUGCCAAAAAUCGCUCACCCGCUGGAACAAAGUGAGAGCCCCAGAUUGUAAGCAGCAAUUUUAAGCGACGCGAACGGUUGUGUGCUGCGUUCUGGCAGGUGAGCGAUUUUCGGCAUCCCCCCCAAAUAAUUCUCCCCAAAAGCUCAAUGCCCCCCCUAUUUUCUAAAUUUUGAGGCCCCCAAAAUAGGGGGCAUCUUAUAGAUAGAUAGAUAGAUAGAUAGAUAGAUAGAUAGAUAAAUAAAUAUGGGAAAGCAAAACGUCAUUUAGAGAAGGAUCUGAACUAUUUUCCUUGAAGCUUGAAUUUGUUUUAUUUGAUGUUUUAAUGUGUUGUAAACCACUUUGAGAAUUUUCCUUUAAAUAUAAAGUGGUAAAGAAUUGAAAUUAAUAAUAAUUAAAAAUUCCACUGAAACAAACAAAAAAGUGCCUAGACAUUCUGUUCUGGCAACUGUAACCUAGGUUUAGGUGCCAUUUGACGAUUAGCUUUUAUAUCUCAGUUUCUAAUACUGGGGCCAAAUGGCUCCCCAAAUCAACACAGACUGUGGAAACUUCACACUGGACUUCAAGCAUCUGGCAUUGUGUGCCUCCCCAUUCUUCCUCCAGACUCUGGGUCGUUGGUUUCCAAAUGAGAUGCAAAAGCUGCUCUCAUCAGAAAAGAGAUUCAGGGAGUCAUGUCAUCAGCUGGUGUUGGUCCACUGUGCUUCAUUAAGUCCAGGGUCAACACAGCCAUCUACCAGGAGAUUUUGGAGUACUUUAUGCUUCCUUCUGCAGACGAGCUUUAUGGGGAUGUUGAGUUCAUUUUCCAGCAGGACUUUGGCACCUGCCCACACUGCCAAAAGUACCAAAACCUGGUUCAAUGCCCAUGGGAUUACUGUGCUUCAUUGGCCGGCAAACUCGCCUGACCUGAACCCCAUAGAGAAUCUGUGGGGUAUUGCCAAGAGAAAGAUGAGAGACAUGAGAUCGAGCAAUGCAGAAUAGCUGAAGGCUGCUAUUGAAGCUUCCUGGUCUUCCAUAACACCUCAGCAGUGCCACAGGCUGAUAGCAUCCAUGCCACGCCGCAUUGAGGCAGUAAUUGAUGCAAAAGGGGCCCAAACCAAGUACUAAGUACAUAUGCAUGCUUCUACUUCUCAAAGGUCCAAUAUUGCUCUAUUUGCAGUCCUUGUUCUGCUGAUUUCAUUUCAUAUUCUAAUUUUCUGAGAUUGUUAAUUUGGGGUUUUCAUCAGCUGUACGCCAUGAUCGUCACAAUUAUAACAAAUAAAGGCUUGACAUAUCUCGCUUUGCAUGUCAUGAGUCUAUCUCAUAUAUUAGUUUCACCUUUUAAGUUGAAUUACUGAAAUAAAUGAACUUUUCCACGAUAUUCUAAUUUUCCGAGUUUCACCUGGUAUCACCUUCAAAGAUUAUCAGACUGAUUGUAAAGUAAAAACAUUAAGGGUAGCUCAGUCGGUAGAGCGUGGGACUCUUAAUCUCAGGGUCAUGGGGUACAGAAAUGGUUUUGUUUCUUCUGAGUGACAAUAAUAGCUCCAUAACACGCAGAGUGGCCCUCUAUGCACUGGCUGCAAAAAAAAGGGGGGGAAGGAAAAAAAGUGUUAGAUAAAAUCACUAUAAAUUGUUGUGGUGAUUCAGAGGUUAUACAUUUGAAAUCAAAUUGGAUUUGAAUUUCUUGGUGUCUCCGAUAACCUCUCUUACAUCAUGGAUGUUGGCUCAUAUUCUCAAUGUAUGAUUUGCAUUGUUUUAUUGCCACUCUUGCUGUGGGUUUGCCAUGGCCUUUGGCUAGAACAAUAAACUUGCAUUGGAAAUUGAACCAUCUUUAUUCAUGGUGGUGCCAUGCUGUUUUUAUUGCAAUUGUCUGCAUGUUUUUAAUCCAUUUGCCAACGAAGCUGAGAAGAGCACCCUUCUGUAGAUAGAAUCUUGGCUGCCGUAGCUAAGAACUUAAUUUAUAUUAACUUGGGCGGUGGAAUACUUUUGGAGAUUGUGUUUUCCACAGCUUCACACACAAAAUAGUCGAUAUCUUUCAAAACACAUAGCUUGCAUGCCAUGCCUUUCUGCACAGAUUUCUUCCAUGUGAACCCUUAACAAUCCCACUUUGAUAUCAUUUGGAAAUUGCUCAGGUACUGCGAUGAACUACAGGGUGGGAAGGCCGGGGUGUGUGUGGUUCCAGUGGAAAUUCUGACAAGCCCUUAAUCACAGUGUUGAUGCACAAAAUACCGUAUUUUUCGCCCUAUAGGACGCACUUUUUCCCCUCCAAAAUUGAAGGGGAAAUGUGUGUGCGUCCUAUGGGGCGAAUGCAGGCUUUCGCUGAAGCCUGGAGAGCGAGAGGGGUCGGUGCGCAAGUUCCCGCCGGGCUCCCAAGGCUUGCGGACAGCAGCCUGCAGCCUGAAACCCGGGGAGCGCAGCGGAGCGCAGCGGAGCGCACCCCGGGCUUCAGGCAGCUCUCCGCAAGCCUUGGGAGCCCGGCGCGACUUCCCUCCGGGCUCCCAAGGCUUGCGGAUAGCAGCCUGUUCUGGGGGCUGGGGUUGGGGGAAGCUCGGGGGAAGCCCCGCGCCUGGGGGGGGAUUUUUUUUUCUUUAUUCCCCCCCCCAAAAAAAACUAGGUGCGCCCUAUGGGCCGGUGCACCCUAUAGGGCGAAAAAUACGAUACUUACUUUCCACUUGAGGUUUAGCAGUAUGAUUAUUUUCCAGGGUGCACUGCAUACAGAAAGAAGUGUUCCUAUUGUUGAUACCAUUUUGUAUAAACCCCACAAUAGUCAAACUGCUUUUUUGCUUUCCCGCGGCCAGGAGGAGUCCUUGUCUUUGUGAGUGUGCAGGCAACAGGUUCAGUUUGUGGCAUCUCCAGUGAAAAGGGCCAGAUAUGAAGUUGUGGAGAAGACCUUUCCCCAAGACCCAGGAGGAGCUGAUGGAGAGGGUCACUGCCGUACACCUGGCCUCCGGAAAGUGGCAUCGCUGCUGCUCACCAAGGGGGGAGAGGCAGUAGGGAGGUUGGUAUCCUGGCAGGAAUGCCAGGUGGGCACUGCCAGUGCGCCUGCUGGCCUGCUAAGUGGCGAAUCACCCAGAGCCAGCAGUAGAUGCUGGUCUACCUUCUGCCCACUCCUGCCCCACACCACACAUCUUAAUAUAAACCAAUGUUGUGUUCAUCUCUAGGGUUACCUCACUGGUCCAUUAGAAACAUACCGUAUUUUUACGUGGAAAAGACGCCCCCAUGUAUAAGACACCCGCUAUUUGGGGGGACUCAAGUUUAAGAAAUUUGCACUAUACACUAUCCAUGACGACCCCCAAUUUUAAACAUAAUUUUUAAAGAAAAAAACAUAGUCUUAUACACGGAAAAAUACGGUAGUUACUUAACUAUGGCCAAACAUUGCGAAAUACGCCAUGAACUAGUCCGCUGCUACUUAGCAUGAUUGCCUUUUAAAAACUUGCUUUUUUUAAAAAAAAAAAAGCUACAGUCACCUUAUUUUAGUUUUACAUUUUGUUUAUUUGAGAAAAACAAAUGGCAACCAUAGGCUGAUCCGUAUAUAUUUCACAAUGAAGAGAAGAACUUGGCAGUGAAUUAAAAAAAAACUUUGCCUAUUCUUGCUGAAAACUACAAUAAUUACUAUUUUAAAAAUAAAAAUUAUUUUCAUUUCACAGUGUUAUGUGUUCCUAUAAGCAUUUCAAUUAGCAUACUAUCAGGCCUGUAAAGAACAAACUUUUUUUUUAACAAAAAAGAAAAGAGACUUUAAUCUUUCUCUCUCUCUCUCUCUCUCUCCCUUUGUCUUGCCUUCCAAGUUCUUGGCUCUUCUUUGACAAUGUUUGGCUGGCAUCUUCUCCCUGCUGGGGGAGAGGCAAAAGGGCUGUUUCUCACAAGACCGCAAUUAGGAAGAACAGGAAUCGCAAGCCAUUGGCUCCCCUUGUUCCCUUUGCGUAAUCGUAAACUCCAAAGACCUUGCCUGCUUCAUCAGAUGCUCCUCCUGCACUUUGAGGGCAAUGAGCAGCUUUAACUUCCUCAUGUUUUGUAAAUCAGAAGUGUUUUACUUUAUUGGUUAAAGUGAAUGGUUGUGGCUUUUCUAAUACAGUCAUACCUCGGGUUUCAGAGAUGUGCUGAAACUUGGAAGUACCGGAAUGGGUUACUUCUGGGUUUCGGCGGUCGCGCUUGCACAGAAGCGCUGGAUCGCAACCCGCACAUGCGCAGACGCGGCACUGUGAGUUGCAAAUGCUGCGGGUUGCGAAUGUGCAUCCCGGACGGAUCACGUUCGCAACCCAAGCGUCCGCUGUACUAUCUCUAUUAAUAUGACCUGUAAGUGGGGGGAAAUUAUUGAACAACUAUAACCGGAAGAUACUGUACAUUACCAUAGUUUUCUGUGUAUAAUACAACUUUUUUAUUAUAAAAUAAUGUUAAAAAUUGGGGGUCGUCUUAUACAUGAAUAGUGCAGAGGGGGGACGGGUGAUUGGUUGCAGCAGCGAGCAGGAGAUUGUCAGCAGCGAUUGCUUGGGUGAUUAGUGUCUGUGGCAAUCCCUGUUGUUGAUUGGCUGCUGCUGUGGCAAUUGGGCAGGCAAUUGGCAGCUGCUGAGCAUUUUUUGGCAAUCUGGGCAACCCCUCCCAAAAAUGCUCAACAACUCUGGGCAAUCUCCCCCAAUUUUCUUAAUUUGGAGUCCCCAAAAAUAGGGGUCGUCUUAAACACAGGGUGGUGUUAUACACGGAAAAAUACAGUAAUUUUGCAAGAAUUGGUGUUGCAGGUUGGAACAGUAUCUUGACAUAGAAUCAACAAGAUAUGGCCAGGUUAACAGGUUAAUCAACAAGAUAUGGCCAGAAUCAACAAGAUUAAUCAACAAGAUAUGGCCAGAAUCAACAAGAUAUGGCCAGGUUUCUGUUUGGUGAGUUCACAAAAGCCUGUGUAAGAGAGAAGUUCAAUCAGGGUAGGCUUAUUUUUUUUAUAAAAAUAUGUUUAAAACAUAUUAAUAAUACACUGGUAGUAAGGGUUUUUCAAUAUUCUUUCUUAAGGGAAGAAUAACUGCUCAUUGCUUUCUGUGUUAGCUUUAUUUCCAGAUUGGCAGUUGUAUUAAAUGAUAAAACAAAGUACAAUAUGUUCAGGGCUUUUUUUUCCAGCUGGAACUCACCGGAACUCAGUCCCGGCACCUCAUUACAAGGGAACAAGGGAGGCAGGCUUUCCUUGUGGGUUCCAGCACCUCUUUUUCUAGAACAUGCCAUUGAAUGUGUUUAAUAUUAGCCCUUCUUCCUUCUGAGUUUUAGAGGGCGCACAUUACCAAGAUGUUAUUGAAGUAUGUUUGCAUGAUGUGCCAGGCUUCUGAACUAAACCGGAGAGGAGAAUACUUGAAAGCACUUGUCUUGAGAGCGAGCAGAGUGUGCUCUCGCUUCUUUGCUAUAUGCAGUUAUAUAUCGCGGGCAGCUCCGUACAAUAGACUGUUGUUCAUAACUGAAGGGACGUCAUAUCUGAAUCGUCUUAUCAAUUCUUCUUCUCCGACCACUGGCACGACAGUGUAUCUAGCUGUGGAUUAAUGUUUUGGUGGCUGGGACUACCGUUCUAAUGGUAUUCUGAGGCCAAAGCAGAUCUAUGAAACUCUUUUGGAAAGCCUUUCCUAAACCUAGAUAUUAACGAGCCUUAUAAAACUGAAGUGGACACGGGUUGAAAUGUUGGCAAGAUCAGCUGUGCUUUCUUGCACAAUCCAUUUAAAGGAGCUGCAUGCUAUACACACAGACACACACACAGUUCCAAGAUACUGUAGUAGUGUUGCUGUUUUAUAACAUGUAUUCAGUUUUGUUGUGUUAAAUUGCUGCCUUUCAUCUUUCUCUCCAAUCUUCUAUGAUUCUCCUGCCUGCUACAUAAGUGUGUUCAUAGCAAUCACCACCUUUUCCUUACCCACCUUUUGUGGGUGAGCAGCCGCCUCUGAGUUGUACAGGUAGCCUGCCCUGUGUGAGUAUUUUAUGCAAACUUCUUAGAGGUUUUUGUCUUAUCAGGCAGCCUAUCAAUCUUGUCAGAUGCUUUGAUUCUGGCAAUAUUAACUCACAUUGCAGUUUUUAUGGAUGCUUUUAAGUCAUACCUGGUUUAUAUGGAUUUCUCUCUUGCAAGAAGGUUUCCUUCUGAGUUAUUUGUUUUUAUUACAAGACUAUUGCAGAUUUCAUUAGUCCUCAGUUGUACUAAAUUCCUGGUCCUGCUUAUGUAUACCGAUGUUCAGCCUUGAAAAUCAACUCACACACAUCGUUAGAGAUCCUGUUUUUAUGGCACUGUCAUAUUAUUUUCUGCUUGAUUCCCGUGACACCUUUAUAAGCUAAUCAGGUUGUCAAAACAUAAUCCUUAUCUGUUAGAUGUGCUAGAAUUCCUUCAUGCCUUACUAAAAUAUAUCCAGGGUUAGAGUUGGUUUAGCUCUGUUUUGUGGUAAAGGCAACAAUCUUCAGCCUUGAUCUUAGAAAUGUGAAACGUGAUUGUAAUCGAGAAAAUUCUGCAAUUACUGGCUUAAUAAAUGGGUGUUAUUAGACAGUAGACUAUCUUUUUUCUCCACACCCAUCUCUUCUAUUCUUUUGAACCAUAAUUUCAGUUGGAUUAUUUUUAUGACUGAAAUGGUAAUUUGGGCUGAUACAAUAAAGCCUGACUAUUACCAUUCCACGUCUCAGUUUAUCCACCUGCCUGUUGCUCAUCCAUGCCGUGCAUAGAUUUUGUUCUUUCCUUUUGUAAGUAUUCAAUCCCAAUGGCUGGUUUAGCUUUCAUUUGUUGUAUUCAUGCACAUAAUUUCCAAACUGUCCACUCACCCACCCCCAAGUGGAACUUGUUUUUUAAAACAGUGCUCUGAAGACAGGGGACUGCAAGAGAGUGAGUGGGACUUAGAACUGUGCCAAAAGUGUCCUUUGCUAACAGAAUCCACACCACAAUCCAAAAGGGUCUAUAGCAGGGGUAGGUGGAAAGAAGGGACCAUGAACUACCAGUGGAUCGCCUCCCACCUACUGGUUCCUCAGAUUCAUAAACAAUACUGAACUAGUUGGAUCUUGGUCUGAUCCACUGUCACUUCCUUUGUGUGUGAUUAGGAUCACAUAUUUAUUUAUUUUAUAAUAAUUUUCAUACCUCAUCACAUUUCCAAAGGAAUUUUUAAGCAGUUUAACACAGACCAGUUAAGCCUUUAGAUCAGGGAUAUCAAACAUAGUGCCUUGUAGAUGCUGUUGGACAAGUAAUGCCCAUCAGCCUCAAGCAGCAAGGCAAAUGUUCAGGCAUGAUAGGAGUUCAACGACAUUUGAAGGAAAACAUGUUGGCUAUCCCUGCCUUAGAUAUUCAGUGAUCCUGAGGGUGCACUUUUGAUUUGUAAAUUUAAAGUCUGUCAAUGGACCAUGGGAACACUAGUUUUUAAUUAUCUUAUGCGUAGAUAACUUUGCGACACUGCUUUAGAACGCGGUUAAUAAAUUAAUUGCAAUAAUAAUAGUUUUUUAGUACACCAUCUAUGAUUUAAAUAAGCUUACCUCUGGCUUAGCAUCUUUAUAUUGUGUCGUCUCUUGAUAUUACAUUGUUUUGAAAACUCCCGUUGCCACCUUUCUCCUUGUUUAAUUGGUUACUACUUUGUCUUCUCUUUGGUUAAGAAUAAUUGGUACAUUUAGCUGUCUGUGUCUGUGGUUUAUGUAGGAAAAAGCAAGUACAGUCAGCCUACUGCUAUGCAAACUAUGUGCUGAAUAAGACUUAACUGCGAUUAUAGGUUUGUAGGCGUUGGGUUAACCGACAUCUCAAUUGAAAGCCUUCACCCGACUGAGCAGUAAUGCAGUGUCCUCCUCAUACAACAGAGCCUAUCUGUUGACAGUAAGUGACUGUGGGCGCUGAAAGCUACAUUGACAGAAGGGCACUUUAUGCAGUUCUCCCAGUUCAUACUGUCAUCUCUUUGGUGACUACACAGCACCUCUGGUCAGUCCAUCAAAUAUCAGAUGCAUUACUUGCAUUUUUAAAAGUUCAAAUAGAAUGUAGCACAGAUCAAAGUUUUGAGGCUUUAUGCCCAGACUGAGUUCAGUUAUUAAAAGGGUGUUGUUUAGUCAUAUAACAGCUGAGCUCAAAUUGACUCAAUGAGCAGACAUCGCUGCAGCAGCUUUCCGUGUGUGUCUCUGCCAGUGUUCAGUAUCGCUAGGAGUUGUAGCCAUAGUUGGUUUUUUUAAACCAUGGCUUAGUACAGUAGCUGGUUGUGUGUCAGUCUACAUGGCGAUAGCGUGUGAUAGCUACAUCCAGCACUAGAAUGUGGCCCCUGAGGUGUGUAUGUUGGCCAAUGUUGAAUGUGGCCCUUGAGACAAAAAAGGUCAGCAACCCACGGCUUAGUGUGAUGUGCAAAUGCUGCCCAGGAGCUUAACUAUACUUUGUUUAUUGCCAUCAAACAAUGAUCUGAAGCCAUGAUAAGUUAGUGUAUGGGCCAAUGGCAUGCCACUAUGUGCAAAUUGAGCACCUUUCCCUAAUCAUGGUUUGUUUAGCCAACAACCACAGAUGCUCAAAAAGCUACAAAGGCAUGAGGCAUUUGGGAAACAAAACAAGCUUUGCAGAAACAAUCCAUGGUUUAUUAGAUCCCCUGGGGUCGACAAGCCAUGUUUAACUUGGUUUUUGAUAUACAAACCAUGGUCUACUAUUAUGUGCAACCAGAUCAGUGUGUGUUUCUUUAUCAUACAUAUCGCCGUCCAACAUAGCCUUGGGUGGUGUGAAAAAGGAAGGCUUUAAUGUUGUUUAAAAUAGGGGGAAAGUUUGACAAGGAGCAAACCCUGUUUUUAAAAGCUGCCUAGAAGACUUCACCUAUUUUAUGUCAGGUCUUUUGUCCAAUCCUGCUCCAACGAAUCAUACAAAAAUUACUAAAAUGUGAAACUGUAGAAAAUAUCCUGCUUUGACAACCCUUUUAACAUGCUUUAAAGACUUUAUAUGGAGCAACUGAAAUGGUAAAAAAGAGUCCAGACUUAAAGGGUAGCUGGUUUAUUUUGAAUCUGAAGUUAAGCUUUCCCCAAAUCUAAAAUAAAUGUGAGUGAGUACAAAAUGGUGAAAACAUUGCAGCUUAAUGCAUUGUGGUGAAAUUGGGGUGCUUUUUUCUGAUUUGUAGCCCACCUUUGUGAAAAAUGUUUACCAUCAAACUUCCACUUAGUCAUCAAAUGUUCACUUAGUCAGCGUGAACAGUACUGAGGCACGUAAGCCAGUGGUCUCACUCUGUACAAGACAGCUUCAUAAAUUCUAAUGCUGUGGAUACUUUGGGGUGCCUAACUUGCUGUCUUUUGCUCUUUACAGUCUGCUACCCAUCCAUUGAUAAGGAACAGAAUGGCUGCCAAGGAGAAGUUGGAAGCAAUGUUAAAUGUGGCCUUGCGGGUCCCAAGCAUCAUGCUUUUGGACGUCUUGUACAGAUGGGAUGUCAGUUCCUUCUUCCAGCAGAUCCAAAGAAGUAGCCUCAACAACAACCCCCUCUUCCAGUACAAGUACUUGGCUCUCAAUAUGCAUUAUGUGGGUGAGUAUGCAUUGGCUGGCCAGAGCAUUUAUUCCCUGCUAGUGAUGCAUUCUGCCUGAAGCAAAACCUCUCUCAGUGUAUUCAAAGCAUCUGAUGAUAGUCAGUGUCUUAAUAGAGAGGUUUGAGUUGCUAAGAGGCGUUUAAAAUCAUUACUUCCUCUAGCUCUUGAAUUACCUGAGGGAAGGCAUUCCAGAGGGUGGGUGCUGGCACCAGAAGGCCCGCUUCCAUAUUGUCAGCAAGUGAAAAAUCAGUAGGGUGCCCUCAGAAGGUAUUAAAUAUUGACUCGGUCUGUAUUGGGAGGCAGUCUGCUAGGCAUCCUGGUCCCAAGUUGUAUAGGUCCAAAGUUGUGUCAGCAACACAACCUUGAACUUAGGUCAGUAGCCAGUGCAGAUUUUUCCACACCAAUAUAGUAUGUGUCAACCUGGAUGUUCCUGGGAGCUGCAUUUUGCACCGGCUGCACCUUCUGGACCAGGUGCAAGAGCACAGUCAUGGCUGCCUCCCAAUUCCCAGGGUUUCCUGGGAAGAAGGACUGAUGGUCAAACCACUCUAAAAAUUACAGUUCUGUGAGGGAAAUAGGAGGUCUCCUAACAACUCUUAGCACCCUUAGCAAACGCCUGUUCCCAGGAUUCCUUGGGGGAAGAUAGGACAUUUAAAGUGGUAUAAUAGUGUUGUAAACGUGCAAUACAAAUACAAUACAAACGUCCACAUAUGCAAUUAAUAUUCCAUAAGUGACUGGGUCACCCCUCGGGGAAAGCCUUCUUGAGUAAAAUUGUCUUCAGUAAGCUCCAAAACAUUGUGACAUUAGGUGCCUCAUUUAAGCGGAUAAUUGAUUCCAGAGGGCUGGGGCCAUAACACUUAAAGCUUGAUUUCUAGUGUAAGCUACAUGCACCUCUGGGGCGUGUGAUACUCUCGUGCCCCAUCUGAGGAGUGCAGUUGCCGGGCAAGGUGGUCCCAUAGGAUAGUUCGUUUGACAACUGAUGGAGCCACGUGUGCAUUUUGUAAACUCUGGCACACUUCGUACCUGUGUAUCAGAAAUACACUAGCCCUACUCAGGCACUUCCCCUGACUGUGGCAGGGUUCUAAAUCAUGCAGAGGAGCCUGAACGUGGAGAACAGACCUUCCCUCUUCACUGUGUGGAAAGUGGUGAUGGGGACACAGAAGAGGGGUUGGAACCAUUGAGCCAUAACCCACUGUCCCCCACCCCACCAAUUAUUAUACUUGUGUGUGAGAGAAUGUAAAUUAUGUUUGCUUUGUUCACCAUCUAGCUUGAUGGAAGAGCUGAACAACGUAUACUUGGUCUGUUGUUGUUGUUGUUGGUUGUUGUUUUUAAAAUAAUUAUGUUUUAACUGACUGAGCUCUUUUUAACGUACAGUGGACCCUCUGGUUAUGAAUUUAAUUCAUUUGGGGGGUCCGUGUGCACCCCCAAAAAUCCAUAACCGGGGCACCGCUUCUGUGCUCGCGUGCGGCACACAGAGCACUUCUGCGCAUGCGCAAGUGGCGAAACCCGGAAGAAUACACUUCUGGGUUUGCCACUUUCACAACCCGAAGAUUAUGUAUCCAGAGCGGCACGUAACCCGAGGGUCCACUGUUUCUUGUAAUCCUACUGUACCAUCAAGUCAGAUUCAUUGCCUUACUUCCCAACACAUCAAAGGAGAAAAUACUUUCAUUUAUGCUAGUACCAUGCCCUUGUUUUUAUUAGUAUAAAACAAGCAGAGAUUCAGAUUCAGAUGUUUCAGACCAUGUUGACUGCACUGCUCACCCCUGGAGGAUAUUAAGCAGCAAGAAAGGACGUUUCAUAAGUUCGAGAAAUAUUUGACUGAGAGAGGGGUGGUCGCUGCUAUUUGAUUUUAGUAUAAAUGAUUUCAUUGGUUGGAUGGUCAUUCAUAUUGAUGUUUGUAAACUGUCAUAAGUGGUCUAGAUUUUUAAGCAAUAACCUUUGCCACAUGAUGUCUUUUAUAUAUGUACUCUCUCCCUCCCCCAUAUGUUACAAAUAAAAUUAUGUAGAUAUAAUAAAAUAGCUUGUAGUGCAGAUGCUAAGCUGAUGCUAGAUAGGAAAAAUAAGUAAAUUCCUUUAAUUCACUGAUAAUCCUACCUUUCUUUAGUAGAGCUCAGGACCGUAUACAUAGGGUUACUGAGCAAUUGCCCAUCCAGGUGCUAACCAGACCCAGACCUGCUUUUAGCUCCAGCAAUGGUACUUUCAGAUAAUGGACCUACCGUAUCUUAGAUCUAUGUAAAGAAAUAGAGGCACUUUCCUUUUGAGCUGCUUUACACAGUUUAUCCCUCUGGCAUUUUCUAAGGCUGAUAUGUGGGAGGUCUCUGAUUCUUCAGCCUAAUGCAACCACUGGCUAUUCCUAGUAAGAAUGCCAAAGUCAGUGUGACACAACCAGAUGUAAUGGUCAGAUAAAUUGUUACGCUUUAUGGACUUGGGAGAAAGCGCCCCCUCUGACAGCUACAGAGAUGUAUAAAGAGUUCAUAAUGUUGCUGCCUUAGCCAUAUUUGUGAGAAUGGGCUUCGUUAUAGAUUGGUGCUUCUGAGCUGCAUAUUGGGUUUCUGGGUGAACCAGGUUGGGGCUUUCCAGAGGAUUGUUGGCAUACACUUCUUCCAUUGUGCUUGGCAGUCCUUCCUUGUGAAACCUGUCCCAGAAAAUAAAGGAAGUCCAGCUAUUGCCAGUUGCUCAUGCUGCCCUCUUAAGAGUACAUGUGAAAAGUGUUGCUUUGUUUGCGCUAGUAGUAGUUUCGUUUUAAUCCUAUGAUUGCAGGUGGGGUGAUAAUGAUCUGCGUACAUGUCUACUGCCUGCAGCAUACUGAUUUUCACCACAGAUUACAGCCUGCAACCUGUCUUUUUGACUUGCGGAAGCUGGGCGUACGGCUUGCAGAGCUAUGGAGAAAAUAUACUUAAGAAAAACAGCCCAAACCCCACUCCACACCAAAAUGGAUAGUUAGUUGACUUCUGACUGUUUAUAUCUAGGUAAUUGUAAGACAGUACAGUUGUAAGCUAUUGAAGGAGCAGGCCGAGUUGAUUUUGCGCUGUAUAGAUAAAGGGUGCUUACAAGUGUUAGGACUUGGGAGCCCUGAGUUCAACUCCCCAAUCUCUCGUGAAACUUGGUGGGUGAUUUUGAGCUACUCGCUUUUUCUCAGCUUCAACCUCAUAGAGUUGUUGUGAGAACAAAAUUGGGGGAUGGGGAAGAACCAUUUAUACCACCCUGAGUGGCGUGGGGGGAAGAAUCUGAAUGGGAAAAGAGAAUACAGUGAAGCAACAUUUUUUUAAAAAAUGCAAGGACAAAAUGAGGUUUGCAUUACAAACCGGGAAGUGGUUUUUAAAAGGUUACUAUAAGCAAAGUACUAUCAAAAUAUUUGUUUCCAGUGUUAGCAAAAAAAAAAAAAAAAUGUUCACAAACACGUUGCCGUCUGAAGCUGUCCGGUGGUAUAUACCGUAUUUUUCGCUCUAUAAUACGCCCCAGACCAUAAGACGCACUUAGUUUUUGGAGGAGGAAAACAAGAAAAAAAAUAUUCUGAAUCUCAGAAGCCAGAACAGCAAGAGGGAUCGCUGCGCAGUGAUCCCUCUUGCUGUUCUGGCUUCUGGGAUAGCUGCGCAGCCUGCAUUUGCUCCAUAAGACGCACACACAUUUCCCCUUACUUUUUAGGAGGGAAAAGUGAGUCUUAUAGAGCAAAAAAUACGGUAUAUGUUGAAUCUCUUUUUGUUGUUGACUGUUCGGAGACAGUGGAUCUCUGCACCUGACAUCAUAUGACAUCAAGUGACCGGGAGGUGGGCCUUGCAGCAUGGCCUUGCAGGCCAAAUCCAGAGGCCUGCCAGGGCUAAUUAGGGCCAUGAGCUAGGUUCCCCACUGUUGCUUUAGGUCCUCAGGCACCCAGGCCAUGUAAGGCUUUCUAGGUCACAGCCAGCGCUUAGAAUUGGCCUUAGAAACGAAACAGAUGCCGGUGGAAGUGCAAAGUGGUUAACUUCUUGACUUCUGUCAAAUACCAUCAAGUAAUAGGCAGUCAGUUGGAUAUUAUUCCUCUCCUCUCUUAAGAACAUCCAGGUUGCAUAGUGUUAUUCUAGCUGCCCUGCCCCAAAGUAGACAGUUGGAAAUCGGAUUUGCCUGUUAACGUGAGUGCAGAAUUUUGAUGCUUAGUGUAAAUCUGUCACUGCUUCAGAAAUGCGUGGGCUGAGGAAGCCUUGCUUUAUAAAUAACAGAGUCCCCUACCUAUCUUUCUCCCACCAUUCAUUUGAUUUUUGCUUCUCUCACCUCUGUCCUCUGGCUGCUGUGAUAUGCUGCCUUUCCCCUGAGAGGCUUUUGCUGUCACAUUAAUAGCAUCCCCAGGCACAUUCAGCAGCCAUUCACUUCUAUGGCACAAAGUCAAGGAGCACACUUGAGGCCAUGAUCACAUCCCGGCACUGAAAUGCAGAGGGGGAAAGAGCAGGUUGUAGUUUUGGUUAAGCACUUUUAACAGACCUCUUCAUAGUGUGCCUUCAUGCUUCAUGCUCAGGCCGACAUUAGUGCCUGAGUGACAGAUCUAAUUUUCAAAUGUUCUAUUUUAGAAGCGUAGCUAUUUUUAAGUGAACCCAUAAUCUUAUGACUUGCCUUGUGUCUCUUUGUGAUCACGCACUGGGAGGGAAGUUUUUGUGUGGUGAUCAAUUGCUAUCUUGAGUUCCUUGCAGAAAAUUAGUUACUUAAUACAGUGAGAAGGCACAUGAGGGCUAAAGCUAUCCUCUUGCACUCAGUACUUGCUGUGCGGUCUGCAUCCAUUCCCUCUUCCAUCCUUAGUGGUUGCUGAAAUGGAUGCAUGGAUCAUUCAAACACAUGAGAAAGAACAGAGUGGAGCAUGUUUAGUAAGGUUUUUUUUCCACACAGUUAGUUAACAGGGUGGGCCUAUCACCUACUUACUUAAGUCCUUUUAAGUGCCUAAGGGGAUAGCAGUGUUCCCUGAGCCAGUUUUCACACAUAUUAGUCAUCUAGUAGUGGCCGCAAUUGAGACAUAAUGGACGCAACAUGUGAACUGGACCAUUGUGCCAUUCUUGCUUCAGCUGUUGUGGAUGAAAUUGAAAGAGAUGGCUGUACAGUUGUACCUUGGUUUUCAAACGCCUUGGGAGUCGAACACUUUGGUUCCUGAACGAUCGGAAACCGGAAGUGUUUGUUCCGGUUUUCAAACGUUCUUUGGAACCCAAACAUCCAACACGACUUCCGCAGCUUCCGAUUGGCUGCAAGUGAUUCCUGCAGCCAAUUGGAAAGCCACACCUUGGUUCGUUUUGGAAUUCCAUUCGAAGUCCAAGGUACCGCUGUACUGCAUAGCUUACCCAGUAUAUUCUCUUUGUAGCCAAAGCUGUGCAGUACAGUGGUUAAGACCCGUCUGUUUGAGUAAUUAGAGCUGGGAUGUGGAACCUCCAGCCAAUGGGCUAAAUUUGGCCUAGCACAGUCCCAGUUUGACCCAUGAGACUGUUUUCCCCAAACCAUACGGAUGCAGAGAUGCAGCUGGAUCAGCUGCAUGACUGAGUUCUCUGUGGCAAACUCAACCGCGCACCCAAUCCUUGCAGAGAAAGCAGGAUUGAAGUCACUGCUUGGCAGCUGAUAGAAUGUAGCUUCAAGGCUACCGAAUUGGCUGUGAAACCAAGUUUCCCACAGGGAACUCCCUGUAGCAGAUCCUCCUGGAUUGGCUGCAUAAUCAAGUUCCUCAUUAGAUCAAGACUAAUGAUAGUGUUGCCAUUAGUCUUUCAUGCCUGCAUUUGUCCUCCAGAAUAGAUACUGAUUCCUGGCCGUAGCUGCAUGGAUAAGGGGCUGUAUAAGGCCAACAGUGGACACCGUUUACUGAAGAUAAACACUUUCACUUGAAACUGCAGACCGAGCCUGAUAAGAACUAUGUUCACCUUGUUGUUGCUGCUAACUUCAAGUGGCUUUUAACACUGGGAGAAAUGCUACUGACAAGGUGCAAGUGAUUUUGCACAUUGGUGUGAUAUGCAAAGUUAUGUACCUGUAUGGAACAAUGAACAAGCUCUUUCAUAUCCCCCUAUAUGGAAUCCAUGCAUUUUUCUCAAGGAUAGUGUCCUCCUUCAUAUGUUACUGGUGCAAAGAGAUGUGCUAAAGCUCAUGUGCUUGGUGGUUGCCCUGGAUGUAUAACUAGUACUUUACCACUUAUUAUUUCCAUGCCUUUGAACCUGCUACCAGUCUUGUUGUCUUUGGAGGGUCACAGGUUCGUCAACCCUGCUUAGGGUGUUUCAGCCUGUGAUUUGGUCAUUUCUGGAAUAUACUACCUUAAAGUUGGAAACUUGCACAGUGUGUUGCGCUACUAACAUGCUGGCUUGUGUUUGUGUGCCUGCAUUUAAAGUGUGUAUAUCAACCUUCAGCUGAUCUAAUGGCAAUGAUUAUGUGAGAGAAACAAUUUACAGACAUUUCAGUGAUCAGACACUUUAUUUGAUCACCAGGGCCUUGAUUUGCUAAGCAGCUGGUGGAUUAGAAACCUAGAGAUGCUAGUGAACAUUUACAUUAGUGAGGAUGGGGACUGGAAUAGAGGUGCAAAUUCCAGUUUCUUCUCAGAAUCCCUGUCUUUCCACAGAGAGUACCAGCCCAUUCUAUCUCUGAAUGUUUAGCCACUGGGAUGUAAAAUUCUCAGUUGUUUACAGGAUGUCCCACAUACUGCAUCGAUCAUUUUAGGAUGCCAACAUUGUUGAUUAUGAAAAUGCACAUUGGCCAGAGUUGAGGCUUUUGCAGGAAAAAAAAUGGAAAUCUGCAAGGUGCUUUCCCCCCCCUUUUUUUUUUAGUGGUUACUGCAAUCAUAAAAUCAGAGUGAAUGCUGAGAUAUUGGUAAGCUCAUAAGCAGCAGUAUUGUAGCUGCAGUGACCUUGACUCUUCUAUUUUUGCCUAUCAGUUCCAGCAUUUUAAGGUUUGUGCUGUUGGGGCUACCUUUUCUAGAGAGCUCUUGCUCAUGGCAUUGUCUUACUUGCAGCCGGUGAUGUGGGAUGGAAAACAUUAUGUGGAAAAUUUUCCAAAAUGGGAAAACUUCCUGUCGCUUUUUUUCCCCACCAGAAAAUUUUCCAUUUCAUUAGUUCCUUGGUAGCAAUGUGAAUGAAUACCAACUGCAAAUACUUUUUCAAAAAAGCUUUCCUUACUAAAAGAGAGAGACUGAGAGAGUAAAAUAAGCAUUCUGAACGGGUUCAAUCUCUAGGAUUUUGGAAAAUAUUUGCUGCAAAAUGAAUAUUCUCCAAGGCAAUUUUUUCUAAAAGUUUCCCUGAUUAAAAUUUUUCAGGAAAGUACAGCACUGUUUGCGGCUUAACAUGUGAACUGCUGUGAAAGCCUUUCUCACACAGCAGCUGCAUGUGACCUCCACACAUUCAGUGUUGGGUGGGGAAUCAGGAUCAUGCCCAAUGUGAUAGGGAGCCAUGUAAAACACAGGUCUUCAGAAAACCAAAACAUUGAGAAACUGGUACUUCAUUGGUGAUUCCUUUCCUUUUUUUUAAAGGAAAAUCUUAGUCUAUAUCUAAAAGAUUGAAAUGUCUUUCCCUAUUUCAGCAUUGAUUUCUGACUUAUUUUUCUGAACAUUUUGACUGACAGCAAAGUUAUGUCGAUCACCUCCUUUUAUUACGACAAAUGAAGAAUGUCAUUUGCUUAGUGAGUGAAUAGACCACUUCUGCUGCUGUUACUCAGAAUAAGCAAGUGUUCAGAGCCCCAAUUGAUAGAAUAAGCAAACGUUCAGAGCCUGAAUUGAAGUAUUGAUUCCUUGGUUGCUUUCCAUGAUAAAGUAUUCUUAAGGGUGCACCAUCAGCUGUCUCCUCAAUGAGUUUACUGUUGUUUGAGAGUAGUAAUGAGGGACUGUAUGAUUAAUUGCAAAGGAACAUUCUUACCUCCCUAACCAUUAGAAUCAUAGCAUUGCAAAGUACUUUGGAGGUAAUCUAAACCAGCCCUGUUUUCCAUUAGGGUUCUGCAAUGCAGCUUACAGCAUCAUUGACAGAAGAGUCCAGCCUUUGCUUAAAUACACUUAAAUAAGUCCAUCACCUCCCAAGGCAGCUUACUGUUAGGAGGUUUCUGCUCACAUUUGUAUCUGAAAUCUGCUUCACCACAAUUUCAACCCAUUGGUUCUUUUACGCCCUCUAGAGCAGAGAAGAAACCUGUUUCAUCUACAUGGCAGCACUCCAGAUAUUUGAAGGGAGUGUCUCCCCUUCUCCUCCUCCUCCAGGUUCAACAUAAGCAUCUCCUUCAGCUGUUCCUCACAGGGCUUGGUUUCCAGACCCUCUCCACUACCACAAUCCUAAUUGCUCUCCUCUAGACAUGCUCCAGUUUGUUAACGUUCUUAAAUGUGUUGCCCAGAACUAUGUACAUUAUUCCAGAUGCACCCCGACAAACAGAGAAUAGAGUGGAGCUGUUUCGAUCUGCCUCUGUUAAUUCAGCCCGAGACUGCAUUAUGUUCUUUUUUAUAAGCUGCAUCUCAGUGCUGGCUUAUGUUCAGCUUGCAAUUAUUUUGCUUGGUUUGGUUGGGCCAAACUGCAUGGGAGAGAUUCUGUGAUUGGAUUUCAUGAAGUUGAAGGGCUUUUGUCAAUUCUUUCUCUCUCCCUUGCACCGUGCCUCCUGAAAAUCUGUUCUGGGCAGCCUCCCAAACCUCCAGAACAGAAUGGGGGUGCUUGUUCUGGGGGAUGCAGGAGGUGGGGGAUUUUGCAAAAAUAGCCUCCCCCUCCUAUUCUGCUAAUAGGUACCUUCACUGGAGCAACAGGACCAGAAAAACCAGUGAGAUUCUGCCCUAUGUGACAGCUAUAUUACCUAGGUGGGCUUCAUAGCUGACGUUUUGUGGAUCAGUUGACCUCUCUAAGAUUAAAUGUCUUUUUCUUGAUUUGCUAUGGCUCUAGCCAUAACACCUGCUUUUUUGUUUUUUAAAAAUGCAGAAAGUGGUACCUUUAAAUUCACUUUUAAAAGAAAUGAAUAAUAUCAUUCUUUAAAAGUCCAUGGACUUAACUGGGAAAUUAUUUCCAUUUCUUCUCCAGGUUACAUCUUAAGUGUUGUGCUCCUAACCUUACCCAGACAACACCUGGUUCAACUCUACCUGUAUUUUCUAACUGCACUGUUGCUGUAUGCUGGUCAUCAGAUAUCCAGGUAAGAGUUGUCUCACCACCCUUGUAAGCUUUGCUUUUCAUAUAACUUUAUGAGUUUUCUGCCAGUAACUUCCACUUGCAAAAUACAUUAUUUAUUCCAUUUAUGCAUUUAUAGAAAGUAGUAUCCAGUGGUGACUGUCCACUGACAGAAAGUGAGGGAAAUCAGUUUUUGGCAAUCCCCCUUCCCCACCUCCAGAACUCAACCCUCCCCAGAUCUUCUCUAGGAGUCCCUCCCCAAUCCUCUAGAGCAGAUUUAGAGGGGGAAUUUCUGAAAUCUGCCUCCCACUCUAUUCUGCUGACUAUACUUGUAGUUUAUAUUAUGGCUUUUCUCCAAGGAUCUUGAUGCAUAUGGUUCCCACUCCCAUUUGUUUAUUCACAAAAGAGGGGUGGGUUUAUAUUAGCACCAGUGACGUGCCCUAACUCAGCUACUGAGCUUUGUAGGAGAAUGGGGAUUUGAACUCAGAUUCCACAAUCCACUAGUUUUCCCAAAGAAUUUAUGAGAAACCUUUCUGUUGACUUUAGUUGUAGCCUGGAAUGAGUCUUGAGACUUGAAACACAAUCCUGUACUGUAUUGGGUUGUAAUGGAUCCCUUAUCAUGCCUAGAUACGUAAGGGGUGUGGGUGUGCGCACACGUGUGUUUAGAUAUAAAGUGGCUGAGAACAUGUAAAAUGCAAAACUAAAAAUAACAGUAUCACACCUUUAAAAGACAGUCGUGAAAAACAACCCAAUUUUAACAGCAUCAAAACCAAAACCCUGUCUUUGAGGUCUGGAGUGCAGUGUCAGAGGAAAUGUUUAAAGUAUUUAAAUAAACCAUCUCCCAUACAAUUCUUGUUUCUAACCAUCUUUGAAGGACCAGAUAUGGACAUAACAGCUGAAGGAUACAGUGGUACCUCAGGUUACAUACGCUUCAGGUUACAGAGUCGCUAACCCAGUAAUAGUACCUUGGGUUAAGAACUUUGCUUCAGGAUGAGAACAGAAAUCGCACGGCGGCAGCACGGUGGCAGUGGGAGGCCCCAUUAGCUAAAGUGGUGCUUCAGGUUAAGAACAGUUGCAGGUUAAGAACGGACCUCCGGAGCGAAUUAAGUACUUAACCCGAGGUACCACUGUAUACAACUAAAUGUGGCACAAAUUAUGGAACUCUGUUAUCUCUGAAAGCAACCACCCUUCAAAUACAGCUAUUAAGUGGUCUUUUUACGCAGUAUGGAAUUGCUUCAAUUCUGCAGGCUUUCAACUCCCUCCCCCCCCCCCCCAUGUAUUCACAUCUUCACAUUCAGACUUUGGGUUAGUAGGCAUAUUCAGCUCAGGCAACAACUCUUCCUUUUGUCUGAAAUCUGCAAGCCCUACCUACAUGUAUAAAGAAAAGGAAAAUAACAUGUGCACUUUUGAGUGUCAAGUAUAACAUUGCUAUGAAAGAUUUUUUAAAAUACUGUGCUUUUACUUUUGGUCACAUUUACGUUCUCAAACAAAAGUUUUAUUUAAAAAUGCAGAAAAACCAUUCCCUUCAUGUUAACACAGCUGUGAGAACCUCUGGCCUGCAGAACUAAUGAGGCCCAACAAUGGUUCUGAUAUGGCCUGGAGGCUGUUUUCCUAAAGCUGCACCCACCCAGCGCCUGACAAAAGUGGGCUUUCAGGGUGUGGGGAAGCUCAGCGUUCAGCCUACUGGCCAGAUCCUGUUUCCCAUCCCUGUGUUAGCAUAUUUAUGUGUGUCAAGCAGAUACGCAGGGCCAUCCUUAGCCAGCUAUUGAACCUCUGCCAUCUGAGCUGCAUUCUGGGCCAACAACGUGAUUCAGCUUUUCAGCCUACGGUGGACAAAAUAUGGGAAGGGGGAGCUAGGAAGGUAGCCAAGAACAUAAAGAAUCAUUGCUGUGACAGUUAUUGUAGAUAUUUAUUACUUUUCCAGUUAACUUUGCAGCAAGGAAUUUAUUGACUUUGAGGGUGUGAAAUAAAAAGUUAGACAUUGGAUAGCCUAGGGUGAAGUAUCAAGAAGAGUAAGACUCCAUGGUAUCUGCAAGUUUUCUUCAGGGAGAAAAAUUCUCUUUAGCACAGACAUUGAUUUUUUUAAUUUAUUUUUUAGCAGAGGAGCCAUCUUGAAGAUUUUAUGUGGGAAAUGCAAGGAAUGUGGAAUUGAAGCCAGUUCCUUGCGGUGUUCUGUGGUGUGGAAACUGGUGUAUUAAAAUGAUGUCCAGAAAGUAGUAUGUUGGCUUCCAAAACCAACAGAAUUUCUCUUCCAGCAGAUGGUUUGGAAUUGGAGAGAGAAAAGCAAAUGGACAUUGUAGAGACAUGUAAACAAAGAAGAUAAUUUUCUUGUUCAGAAAUGAAAGAAGGUGGUAGAGAGUAUACAUGAGCCUGAAUCUUGUUCAAAUUACAAUAAUCCAGUAGUCAGUCAGUUUCCCAUCUCCCCAUCAAGCAAGCUUUCCCCCCGUACAUUCCUAACUUUCUCAAAGCUUUCCAUGAUCUGUAUAGGCUCAUUUUGGCAUCUUGUCUUUCGUUACUACUACUACAUCAACAUGUAUGCUGCCCUUUCCUCCUUUAUUAUAGGAUAAAUUGAUUCGGCAGUGACUCUGUGUAUACAGAGCCAGCUACACUGGCUUUAAAUCAUACACAUUGGCUAGGGAUGGGGAAUUUGUGAGCCUCAAAAUGUUGGCUGGCAACUCCUGUAAUCCCUGACCAUUGGUUGUGCUUCCUGGGGCUGAUGGGAGUUGUAGUCCAGCAGCGUUUGAAGGGCACCACAUUGGCCAACCCAACUGUAAACAUCUGCAAAGAUGCUCCAGAGCAGCCUUUCUCAACCUGUGGGUCCCCAGAUGUUGUUGAACUACAGCUCCCAUCACCCCUAGCUAGCAAGGCCAGAGGCCAACAACAUCUGAGGACCCACAGGUUGAGAACCGCUGCUCCAGAGGGUUGUGGGAUCCUCCAGAAAAGUGUGGGAGAUGGUGUGGAGUACAGGUUGUCUGUAGGAACCUCCAUUGAAUCAGAUUUCCUUCCAUGAACAGAAGGGCAUAUCUAGAUCCUACCCAAUGUAUGUAUGUGGAAUAGUAAAGUUUAGCAAUUGCAUUUUGUUUUGCUUUGAACUGUAUGACUUACCGUAUUUUUCGCCCUAUAGGACGCAACGACCCAUAGGACGCACCUAGAUUUGGGGGGGGGGGAAUAAAGGGGAAAAAAUUUAUCCCCCCCCCCCGGCACGGGGCUGGGGUGGGGGAAGUCCGAGCUUCCCCCACCCCAGCCCCCAGAACAGGCAGCUCUCCGCAAGCUGUUGUAGGCCAGCGCGAAGUCGCGCCGGGCUCCCCCAGCUUGUGGAGACCUGCGUGAAGCCCGCUCUGGGAGCAUGCGGGGCUGGGGGAGGGGGAAGCCCGAGCUUCCCCCUCCCCCAGCCCCCAGAACGGGUCCCAGAGCGAUCCGGAAGCUGCACGCAGCUUUGCUAUCGCUCUGGGAGCUUGCGGGGCUAGGGGCGGGGGAAGCCCGAGCUUCCCCCUCCCCCAGAACGGGUCCCAGAGCGAUCCCGAAGCUGUGUGCAGCUUCGGCAUCGCUCUGGGAGCUUGCGCGGCUGGGGGCGGGGGAAGCCCGCCGCCAGCUUCCAAACCACGUCAGGAGACAGCGGGAUGGCGCGCUGCGCCUCCCCGCUGUCCCCCGAGCUUGUGGGGCUGGCGGUGGGGCUCUCCUGAAGCCUGGAGAGCGAGAGGGGUCGGUGCGCACCGACCCCUCUCGCUCUCCAGGCUUCAGCGAAAGCCUGCAUUCGCCCCAUAGGACGCACACACAUUUCCCCUUCAUUUUUGGAGGGGAAAAAGUGCAUCCUAUAGGGCGAAAAAUACGGUACUUCACAUUGUUUUCACCUUUUUUAUGCUCAGGGAUAAUUUCCCCAUUCUGUUCUGGUUACCUUGAUACAAGCCUCAGGUACAAAAGUUUCCUUCGUUGUCAUGCAGUGUCCAGAGAAUGCACAGCAUCCACAUAAUCGCAGACUAGCAGCUUGAAUGGUCAGGCUGUGGUGUGUGAGAGAGCAAGGGAAAUUUUGGGACGUCAUUCAUUGAAUAGAGAGGGAAGGUCUUCGUUUGCUUCCCAGAGGUUGUAGGUUGAGGAUGAGGGCAAAGUGGCCUGCCAAGGCCUCCAUCACCCCAUGGUUUUAGGGAAGCUAAUAGGGGCCUGGCAGUGCCUCUUCCUAUUAGGUGUACAUCCUUACAUGCGUAAAAGGGCAGGAUUGUGGUAAGAUACUCAUUUGUUAAUCUCUGGACAUGGCCUCAUGUGCUACUGUAGCUUCUUUUCAUAUACAGUGGUACCUCGGGUUACAUACGCUUCAGGUUACAUACGCUUCAGGUUACAGACUCAGCUAACCCAGAAAUAGUGCUUCAGGUUAAGAACAGUUUCAGGUUAAGUACGGACCUCCGGAACGAAUUAAGUACUUAACCCGAGGUACCACUGUACAUAACCCUAUGAGGUUAUUCAGCAACCUGUUUGCCGCAGCAGAAUAAAACAAAUACUAAUGAAGCAAGCGCUACAGAUUUAUCUCUGUAUUUAUUCCUGUGCUCCUUAAUAGCAGUUUAAUAAACAGGGCUAUUGCUUAGCUAAUUAUUAUGGCAUUUUAGUUGCUACUAUAUUGAAAACAUCCUUAGAGGAUUCCUUUGAAAGCUUGGCUCAUAAUUACAAUGUAGCUUCAGGGCAAAGUAUUUCUUUUCUUAAUACGUAGCAUCUUAUAUAGUGCUUUUAAGAGUUUUUAAAGCCCUUUGCAUAUAUUACUGGUACAGUGGCUGUUGAGAUACAGUAGAAUAUAAUCAAGUGAUAGGAGCAAUAGGAAUCCAGGUUUAUCCUGACUCAUGAAAUAACGUUAUGGGUUUUCUCUGAGCAAACUCUUGUUCUGGAGUAAUAGAAGUUACAUUGGACACCCACAGUUUGGGGAAAUAGUAUGGUAGAGGCUACCAAACUUUCUUCUCCAUGCAGCCAUUUCAAGAUCUGAGGCUUCAGCAGUCCCACUGACUGCGCAAGAUUCUCAGUCCUUGGCUGUCAGGUUCACACUUUCAUUCCAGUUCCUUUUCCCACACUUUCAAAGGGUUGGGUAAAUGUCAAAAAAUGCAAUGAGUGCUAUUGAAAUUUUACAGAUAAAUGACACAUACAAAUCCAAGAUGACAGUAAUAAUAUGAACGCUAGAAAGGAGUUGUGUAAAUACUUGCCCUUAACAGAGAAGACGGGUAACAAAAGUGUCUGUUGAAUUAUCUGAUGUGACUAAAGAAACCACAGGUGCCUAUAAUUAAUUCAUCCUUGCUAGCUUGAAAAUACGUCUCUUGUAUGCCCAAGAACGCAUGCAUGUAGGUUCAGAAAUGCUUCUUAAAAUGUGUCUUUUGUUUUUAAACGAGAUUAGUUCAGUGUGUGUGCAAGGAUCCAUCUUGAGAAUCAUUCCUUAGAGAGCCUUUACUUACUUACUUACUUACUUACCGUACUUACUUACUGUUAGCCAUCUGUGGAGUAACAAUACAAAGGAUGGGAACCUCCGGUUGCAGACAGGAUCCGUUCUGGAGCUCUGGUCAGAUCCCGAGGUUUCCACAACCGGAGGGACCGCUUUCUGCUCAUGCGCACAGCACAGUGUUUCUGUGCAUGCGUGCACAGUGAAACCCGGGAAAAUGCUGUGUUGGCACCCUGGAAAAAUGCCGCAUUCACAUCCUGAAGGAUACACAACCGGAGUGUGCGUAUCCAGAGGUACCACUGUACACACAUUUGAAAAUUAAGGUGUUUUUUCUUUUUAAUUUGACUUUUAAGAAACAUGGUGGGCACUUUUUCUGGAGUGACAGAUUGCAUACUACUGGCUGGACAAGAAAAAGGGAGAAUGUGUGCAGCAAAGAUGGAGGGAGAAGGUCGUAAUGUACUAGCGGUAUCGGUCCUUUAGAUUCCUUGCUUAUUCUCAUGCAUUUUAAUUGCCGGUUGUAGACUAAAGAGAGCCACUUCACCUACUUGUAGCACUUCAAACACCUCUUCCGCGUACCUGUGUCAGGCUUGCUACUUCACAGCAGAUUUUUAAAAUGUUUAUAACAAGAGAAUUACUCAUUUUGUUAGUUUCAUAACUCGGAAGGCAAAUAGUUUGUAAUGAGUUAAAGAGAAGAAUUUGUUAUCCAGCUAACGUUGCAGCUUGAGUGGGCUUUUUUUUCCUGUUUAUGAUUAGUGCUGCCUUAAGUCCAAGAGUAUCUUAAGGCACAAGGCUAUGAAGGAUAAAUGAAUCAGAGAGAGGCCCACAUAAAAAUUCCUAAAUUAAUAUGCCUCUCCUAAAUAGAGACAGAGUUUCUUUUACUUAGUACUCACAGUUAUUCCCUCAAUUUCCAUUACCAGUUAUUUUGCUUUCUUUUUGCAUACUUGCCUUGUAAAUUUCACAUUCGACUCUAAAAAUUGGGUCCAAGCUACAAAUUUUAUGUGAUCACGUCAAUCUUGUUUUCAUGACUGCUGUUCUCCCAAGGAAAAGAACUUUUGGGAAUUUUUGAUCCAGGGGUUACCAACCUUUUUGGGCCCAUAGACCCAACUCCAAACUGGAGAAACAGUUGUGUGCACUACACACAGGGCAACCAGGCACAUACUGCAACCCAUUUUAUUUUAUUGACUACAGUAGAAUACUUCUUUCAUGGCUAAUUGCAGCAGGGGAGGAGAUCCUGUGGACGUCAGGGAGGCCUCUGCAAGCACAUCUGUGCCCCCUGGGAGCCACACUCCUUGGAGACCAGUUUGUGUGUUCUCUUUCUCUCUCACUUCCUUUCUCUCUCUCUCUCUCUCUCUCUCUCUCUCUCUCACACACACACACACACACACACACACACACACAAUAUCACUGCCUUAAUACUUUCCCUAUCGUCUGUUUUGCCCUUUCAAAAUAACUUCCUAAACCUGAUUUCUACCUACGGGAGGGGGGAAUGCCAGGACCCCUGUAUUUUUGCUCAUUUGUGAAAAAGCAGCUUGAGGGGUCGUGACUGGCUUGGCAAGGGUUAACCAGCAUCUUUUGCCUGCUCUUCUGCUUAAGAUUCCAGCCUCCUUUAGAUGCUUCCCUUUACAGGGAGGGCUGGGGGGAAUCUAUCAGCAAGAAGGAACAUGGAACAACAUGUAGCUUGGCACCUCUUCAGAUUGCAGAUUUGGUAGAAUUGCAUCUAUUUAGCAGAAAGGAUCUGGCGGGCAGGGGCAAGAAUUGAGAGAGUUUCAGUAUUACUCUUUUCCAUUGGUAGCUCUGGCUGAAAUAAUAAUUCAAUUUUUGCUAUUGGAGAGUCUAAAAAGAUCAGAUGCAAUAUACUAAUAGGCUUGAUCUAUGUUUCUUCAUGGUUCUGGUAUGCCUUUCAGUCUCAUUCAUCCUUGCAGCCAAUUCUGUGGAUUGUUGUUUCAGUUGUAGAAGCCCAUUGGUAAGUCCAAGGCGUAGACAUCAAUUUUAAACAAAAAUCUGCACUCUUAAAUAUUAUUACCCAAAAGUAAGUCCCACAUUUCAUUAUUCUCAGUAAACAUUUUGUAGCAUCAAGUAGCAGAUGUGCAGAGUGUUUACGUCCUCAGGAAAACCUGUGAUCUUGGAUAUUUUUAAAACUUCUUUGAGAGAGGGAAAACUGAGGCUGAGUAGCCCAAGACCAUCUAAUAGUCAGUGAUCUCAGCUGGGAUUUGAAUUUAGGUUUUGCAAGUUGAGCAUGUGACCUUUUACUUACUAUAUAUAUUUUAGAAUAGACUUCUCUCUUUCUCACUAUCAAUCACUUUAGAGAAUUAAUACUUGUUGAAAGUUAACUCAAAAAAUAGCAUUGCCAAUGAGAGCAAGUAAUAAAUACAACCUGGCUGCCUCUUUAAUUAAUCAGUGUAUGGCUUAAGUUGUAUACAGCCUUAAGUUUGGCUGUAUAAGCCUUUUUGUGGCUUGUUUGUAGCCCCAAUUCUUUCAUUAUUUAGUAUUUAGAUUGGAUUACAGAAGUGUUUGUAAACCAUUGAAAACUUCUCUGCUUGAAGAGAUGCAACAGUGGUUUUAAUUAUUUUUUGUUCCUGUCCCCAAAACAGGAAAAGAACAUGAUGCAUAUAUGGAACUUCUUCUUUUUAAAAAAAAUGAAAUUGGUACAUUUUUAUGAGGCUUAUUUGUUCUGCGUAUCUGGUUGCAAAGUCACAUUUUUGUAACCCACUUCCCAGUAGGAUGUAGUCAGGUUAAAGAAAGCUGGUGAAAUUUCUAGGAACGGUAAGACACGAUACAUGCUUUAGUUUAAAAUGAGAAGAGUUGUAGGUUCACUGAGGGCUAUUUCACAUAGGACAUUUUCAUGGCUUGCACCUAGGACAACCAGUAUACAAAAUCUUCUGUGAAUUCUGGGUGAGUUUUGCUCCCCACGCCCUCUGUGAUAUUGGGAAACAGCACUUGUUUCCCAAUGGUGCGCAAUAGUGGCAAAGUAGCCAGUUGCGCAAUUGGUCGCAUUCAGAUGUAAAAAAGAAGGUCCAUAGCUCAGUGGUAGAGCAUCUGCAAAAGGUACCAGGUUCAGUCUCUAGCAGGUAGGGCAAUGAAGGUCCCCAGUCUUGAAACCUUGGAGAGUUGCUGUUGGUCAGCUACUGAGAUUGAUGGGCCCAGUGGUCUGACUUGGAUAGGAAUACCAGAAGAUGCCAUAUACCACCUCAGACUGAUACACUAUGAUAAAGGAGUAUAACAGACUUGGGUACUUCAGGAGCAUCCAUACAAAUCUUUGCUAGAUUUUGUCGAAACAAAUGGACAACAAGUGUCUGUGAUUUCCUGGAAUGUACAUGGCAAAAAAAUAUGAAAUGGAGGGUCUUUUUGCAUGAACAGUUAAUGGCACCCGUUCUUACACCUGACUUAAUAAUGCUUCAUUGUGUUCCUCAGGGAUUAUGUGAGGAGUGAGCUGGAGUCUGGCUAUGAAGGGCCAAUGUACUUAGAACCUCUUUCCAUGAAUCGUUUUAUGACAGCCUUAAUAGGUGAGUACACUCCAAUUCGACAUCUCCUGAGCGGCACCAUGUUCUUUCUUGUACCAUGAAAGCACAUUUCACAUAAUCAAAAUCACCCUCUUCAGCCAUAUUUAUCUGCCUGUGUGUUGCCAUUUAUAGCAAACAAAAUUAAUAGUGAUUGUGUAGCUUCACAGACCAUAGCUGUAAUUUUGGCUCCUUUUCUUCAGUUACUGGGUACUGCUUGUUCUGUGUCUUCUUUGGAAUGGUCUGCUCGUUCAGUCCUGUUUUCUAUUUGUGCCAACCUGUGAUCUGGAUUAGUUGGAUUAAGCAGUAAGGGGCCUGUAAUAUUUGGAGGUUCCAGCUUUAGGGCAGGGAAUUGCAGCUACACGUUUCUGUGAAUUCUGUUUGCUUGUUUUCAAAUAUUACAGGCCCUUGGUAAGAAACUGUGGGGCCGUUUUGAGACAGGAAUGGAAACUGUUGUCACUGUUAACCCCUAUAUAAUAACACUAACACAAAACGCCACACCGACUAUACUAUAUAAAAACACUGCACUGUAUCAAUAAUUCUAAUUAUUUUUUUGUCUUUCCAGAGGACAGUCCUCUGCUUGGAGGCCUAUCAGAGGAUUGUCCUCUAUUUGAAAGCAUGUUUUGACUGGUUUAUAGAGCAAGAACCAUAAGGAAGAGCAGCAGGGGCCUUGAAAUCUUUCCUCUCUUUUUAGAUGACUUUUUUGUGAUGUAGAUGAGGACACCCUAACUAAACAAUCAACAUUAAAAUAAACUGAGAGCUGAAAUUUUAAGGGAAGAAGGAAAUAAAUAAAUGUUGAUCCAUUUUUAUUUUUAUUUUUAGUUACAAACCAGGCUGUUCAAAAAUAAGUUAGCAUUGUACUCAAGACUGAUUUUGGGUGUUUUGUGUCCAUGGUGGCCUUGUGGCUUUGACCAGUUUUUGAAGACUUAUUGGGACCUUCUUUCAUAAGCAAAGCAUGUUCCAUCUACAAAGGGAUAUUCAUCUUCUGCUUUAUGGUGAUGUUACAGCUGAUCUGACAGGAAAUCAGCUUGUCUUUUGGCAGUAACUUUUUUAAACAGCUCAUUUGCCGAAACUACCAGUAAUGCAGCCUUCAGCAAGAAAUCCCACCUUUUUCAGUCUCUUUGCUCUGGUGAAUGUGUUGUGGUUUUUGAGAAAACAGAGAUGGGAGGCCUGAAAGCUUUCUUUAGAGGUGUUUGUUCUAACGCAGGAAUAAAAAGCUGCUGUUUCUGGCUAGGCUGGCUGCUUUCCUUUCUGAGCUAAUUUCGCAACACCUACUUAUUUCUAUGAUCAUUAAAGAAAAAAGUCCUACCACCAGGGACUACUUGUAAUCUUGAAAUGGAUUGUCUCUUUCCUUACAAAUAUGCUUUCAUUCAGUUUCCAUUUUACAGUUAGCAUGUUCUUUUCAUGAGCACUCUGGAAAAGAAGCUCCUGAUCCAAACUGUUUUCUUGGCAUUUAUUUUUAAAGUCUCAAACUAUUUAGUUUUAAUCUUCCAACAGUUCUGCUGGCUCAGUUUUUUUUAACUUCCCAGUUUCCAUUUCACCAGUAGCCAAACUGAGCCUCUCAUUGAGGGUGGGAGGAGGGCAGUUAUAAAAUACAAUUGACUGUAUUCAGCUAACUUUUAGUCAGAGUAGACCCAUUCAGGUUAAUUCAUUACUUAGAUACAACCUCUUGUGGGUAAGCUGAGAAUCCUCUUGGGAAUCCCUAGCCUUUCUCCCAAAAUUGUUGUUCCUGGGGCUUUAUGUGAAAAGUCCUAGUAGUUAAGCUUGUAGGACAGAAAUCGUCCUCAAUGGGUAUGCAGGAAAGACUGGUAUCCUAAAUUUCUGAUGUUAAGUGACAUUUCUGAGGACUGCCCAGGUGUGCAGAGAAGUAAAAGUUUGGAAAUACAAAAAAUAAAGGGAGACAACACCUCUCUGCAAAACAUACUGACAAGGACUGAACAUAGUCCUUCUAGUUAGACUGGAGGAUUUGCGCCAUAAAGCAUGUGUCAUCCCUUAACCCUAAUUUCCUCCCCCAACUAUAUGAUGUUUGGGGUUUGAUCUCCUUUAGAAACUAAGAGUCGUGGCGGAAUAAAUUAGAAGUGAAGAAAAAAACUGCAUCCUCCAGUCUUAAUUAAGCCCACCUCCAGGACUCAAUUUCAGCUGUAAAAGAGUUUUCACAUCCUGAAGUAUCUCAGAGUGGCAAGUGGUAACAGGUAAACAAUACUACCAGCAGCCUAGUCUGCGCACUGUACCACUCAGGGAUCCUGCUAACUGAAAGCUCAACCUCAACAGUCAGCACUAUAUAGGGCAAGUGUUGCCAACCACAUUUGGGCCUGUUAAGCACAUAUGCAAACAAGGGCACCACACACACCACAACCUAUUCUGUUGGUUGCAUUGCUACGUAAUCCUUCUUUCCACCCUAAUUUCAGUCGUAAAUGCCUCUGUGGGUGCAUGUGUGGUGCAGGUGCCACAAUGGCAACCCCUGUUAUAGGUCAUUUGCAUUAUAGUGGUUGGUUGCUAAAGGUCAGGGCCUGGUGAGCAGGAAGUUGCUCUAGUUUAACCUUCUUAUGCUGUUGUGCAAUGCAGGAACUUCCUUCCCUUAUCUGUCUGUGCAUAUAUACACACAUGCUCCCCGCACUCAUGGCUCUCAGCUUGUUUUUUCCUUAAAUAGCAACAUGCAUAGGCAUGUUGAUUUAAGCAGAGUCUGUCGUGCCAGCGGAAGGAUGAGGAUACGUGCUGCAUACUCUGUAUUGCUUUAUUUACAGUUCAAAGCUGGUAUAUUACAGAAAGACAUCUUGCCUCUGUGCCGGAGCAGAAAAAUGCAUCCUCUCUCCUCUCUCAGCUCGGAGAGAAUCACACACAGUGAAAAACAGGAAACCAGUGUACGUCACAUCCAGUCUCCCUUUCCCGUGAGAAACUCCAACAGUACAGACUGUGGAAUGUAAACACCUGUCUUGUGACUGCAGUUGCUGCACAGUGAAGGAAAGCAGAAACCAACAUCCUCCCCUUUCUGUGAACAUCACUGGGCAGCAUGUUCGUACAGUAUCAGUACAAACCCAACUUCUGCACAUAGGUACAGUGUUGAUCCCUUGAUACAAUCUUGGACAAUACAUCAGCAGGAAUUUCAUUACCUGGCAUAUAGGACACCGUUACGAGUCCCUUCUGAAUACAUUCCCUAGCAUGCUGCAACUUUAAUUGCAAGUGCUUUGUGCUUUGCUUACAACCUUCAGACUUCAGCAAAGCCAAACAUGCUUUGUUGUCCUGGUAAACCUGGAUUGGACAUUUGACAGGAAUUUUCAUAUCUUUGCACAAUUGUACUAACCAUUCACAAUCCUUAAGUGAAUAAGACAGUGCAUUCAGUUUAGCUUCACAAGUACUUAAGCUAAUUGUUGUUUGCUUCUUGCAUGACCAAUCAAACAGACUCUGAUUGUACAUGUAGCAAACUCCAGACGUACUUUUCCUGUCUGUAGUGUCACUUCCAAAACUUGCAUCUGCAAAUAUCUCAAGACCACCAGACUUCUGAUUGUUAAAUCUCAGUCUGUAAUGCAUAGUGCCUUUCAAAUACCGCGCUAUGCGUUUCAGAGCUUUCCAAUCCUUGACACUAGGAUUGUUGACUUGUCUGCUUAGCAAAUUACAGCUAACAGCAAUGUCUGGUCUUGAACAUCUGGCAAUGAAGUUUAGCUUGCCUAGCACACUCCUGUACAGUGUAGUGUCAGAAAAUGCUUCUUCAGUGUCAUCUACCGGAUAACCUGUUGUCAUCGGUGUGUCUACAGGGUUAGCAUCCAUCAGAUUUAGUUUGCUUAACACAUCAGCAAUUUUCCGUGACUGGUGUACUAGAAUGUUACCAUCUUGAUCUCUCUCUAUUUCCAGAGAUAGGUAGUUGUUUACCUCACCAAGAUCUUUCAUGUCAAAGUGCUCUUUCAGUUGAGCUAGGGCGUUAUUGUACAUUGCGACAUCUUUCCAAAAGAAUAAUAAAUCAUCAACAUAAAACAAACAGUACAGUUUCUUUUGCCCCUCCUCUUUGACAAAUACACAUGGAUCAGCUUUCCCUUGCUGAAAACCUAGAGAAAACAAUACUUCAGUGAGUUUUGUGUGCCAACACCGUGCACUUUGUUUGAGACCAUAAAGGGAUUUCUUCAGAGCACAAACAAAUCCCUGUUUUACCUGUACGCCAUCAGGUGGAAGCAUAUAAAGUGAUUCAUCUAGAGAUCCGUACAGAAAAGCUGUAUUAAUAUCAUGGUGACUAAUGUGUAGAUUUUCCUCUGCAGCUAGCUUGAGCAUAAGCCUAAUGCUUUCAUAUCUCACUGUGGGUGAAUAGGUCUCGUGAUAGUCUUCACCUGGUACCUGUGCAAAACCUCUGGCUACCAAUCUGGCUUUGUGUCUGACUAUCUUGCCAUUUUGAUCUGUCUUCGCUUUGAAGACCCAUUUGCUUCAAGCAGUUUCAUUCCUGGAACUACUGGAACUAGUUCCCAUGUUUUGUUCCUUUCUAAGGAAUCAAGCUCAGCCUUCAUGGCAUUUAACCAUGGCUCAGCUUCCUUUGAAUCCAAACUCUGGAUUUCUUGGAAACUUGAAGGUUCAAAUACCUUCUUGGAGCUUUUAACAGCUGUUACUGCUAUCUUAGCAAACUCAUCAGCAAAUCUCUUUGGAGGUUUGCCUUUUGUAGCUCUCUGUGACCUACGAAUUAGCCUUAAGUCUUCAACACUCUCCUCUUCCUUCUUAGGAGAAAAACGACCUAUUGUGAACAAUGGUUCCUCCAAUUCUUGAUCAGAGCUUUCAGAGGGUCGCAUAGAGGCUUUCGCACUCUUGAAAUCCUCUGAAUCACCCGAUUCAGUUUCAGAUUCAGACUCAGAACCUUCAUCAGUGGGUGUGGGCUGUUGUGGUUGCUUUUGACUAUCCUCAGUCUCAUCACCGUCAUCAGGAUAACAUUGGAAAAUUCCCACAUUCUCCCCCACUUUGCAUUGUACUCAACACUUCUCGUGAGCUUAAUUGUCUUAGAGUCAGUCAUCAUUAUUCUGUAAGACCCUUUCUGAUAACCUAGAAAGAUACCAUGCAAUCCACGCUUGUCUAACUUGGAGUUUUGUGGUGAGCGAACCCACAUGUCAGAACCAAAAAUCUUCAUGUGUUUGAUGUAUGGCUUCUUGCCAAACAUCUUCUCAUAGAGGUACAACCAAUCGCUGAAGAUAGCCUGCGAUUGUAACUGUAAACAAAACACGAGAGAGAUUCGGCCCAAUAACUCUCUGGAAGAUUGGCAUCAUGCAGCAAGGUUUUAACCCUUGAAGCAAUGUCUGAUUUGCCCGUUCCGCAAGUCCAUUCUGCCAUGGCGAGCGAGGACUAGACAAAUCGUGUUGAAUUCCUUUCUCAGUCAGAAAAGCUUCAAACUGCUGAGAAGUGAAUUCCCCCCCGCGAUCACUGAAAAGAGUCUUUAUCUUCUUACCAUGCACAUUUUCCAACCAAGCACAGAAUUCCUUGAACCUAGGAAAAGCCUCCGAUUUCUGCUUGAGAUUGUACACAAAAAUAUAUCUAGAAAAUGCAUCAAUGAGAACCAUGAAGUAUCUAUUUCCACCCAAAGAGGGCGAUAGUGGACCAACCAAAUCAGCAUGAACAACCUGGUAUGGUUCUGUAGCUUUCCUACUAGACACCUUACCUUUCGCAGCCAUUUUCACCUUGUUUGCUGCGCAUGCUUUGCACUUCAUGUGGUACCUGCAGGGUUUAAUAGUCAUACCUUCAACCAAGGCAGGCAUUUUAGAUACUGCCUCAAAAUGCAAAUGAGCAAAUUUUCGAUGAAAAUCGUGAAUACAUUCUGCAUGCAAACUUUUGUUAGAACCUGCAAUGCAACAAGUGUCAUCCUGCACCACAUCAUCAUAAUACAAAACAAACAAAUGAUCAACAUAUUCUGCAUGCAAUACAUAAUCAUUUUUCUUUGUGAUGAUGCACUUCUUGUUCUUGAAGGAAACGUCAAUGUUCCGCUCAUUCAGCUGUCCAACGCUGAGCAGAUUAUGUUUGGCGUCUGGCACGUAAAGCACAUUCUGUAUCGAUAAGUCCAAACUGUGAAGAACAACAGUUCCGUAGCCUUUACUGGGAAUAGUGUGGUCAUCCGCCUGGUGAAUCGCACCUUCCUGCGGUGUAAAAGACACAAACAGUUUCUUAUCGUUGCACAUGUGGUGGGUGGCCGCUGAAUCAAUUACGAAGAAAGAUCUAGACGUCUUCUGGACCUCUGCAACCUUUGGAGUGAAGCGUGAAACCAUAGCCUUGUGCUGCGUUGUCCUAGACACCGGACCUUUGCCUUUGCCUCGGCCUUUUCCGCGUGAUGAGCUUUCGCUGCGCUGCUCUGUCUUGGCCCUGGGAUGUCUGCAUUCCCUCUUCAUAUGGCCUAGACGUCCACACGAGUAGCAUUUGACUGCCUUCAAAGCUUUGGCGCCAUCUGGUGGUUCCACUGCACUAUGGGAUGACGUCUGUGAAGACUUCCCCUUGCCCAUGCAGCUAGCACCCCGGCGAUCUGCUUCAUUUAAAAUCACGGCAGUAACAAAGUCCACUGUCAGCUGAGCAGUUGGUUGCACAGCAAUCUGGGUUGCAACAGACUCCCAACCUGAACCCAAAGAUUGUAGUAUCAUGAAAGAAUACACAGCCUCUGGAAAGUUGAGUCCUCUUUGUUGCAGCUCAUGUCUCAGAUUUUGCAUCUGCAUCAGAUGUAAACGCACAUCUCCACCUUCAGCAAGAGCCAUAUUAUGCAGCUUGUUAAAAUAAAACAUAGUGGAUCCAGCUUCUGUCCUUAAGUGAGCCUCUCUCAGAGCGUCCCAAAUUUCUCUGGCUGAGGUCUUAUCACGCAAUAGACAGAGCUCUUCUGGGGAUACUAUCAAUGUAAGAGUUCCCCUUGCUUUGGAAUCCUUAGCUUCCCAUGCAUCUGUAACUGGAACUGGGGGGGUUUCUGUAAUCACCUCAAACAAACCCUCUUUCCGCAGAAUUGCCUCUGCAUACUGAACCCAGUCGCUGUAAUUUGUCUUGUUGAGCUUAGGAAUCCCACAAGCAUCCUGAAGGGCCAUCAUGACUCUGGCAUUAGCCUUCAGCGUCAUUAUAUGCUGCUUUAAAUCUUGCUGCGUCACUGCUGCAGCUGCCUGAUUACAAAGGCACACUUAAAAGUUACUUUCGAUUUCCCCAGCAUAGUGACUUGUGCCUGGGAGCCUUUUGCCUGUUUGCAAAACCGGCUUUAAAAGUUCAAAGUCCAGCCAUAAAGCCAUUAUCUUGAAGCUGGCAGGCUGCCCGGAGCAGUAGCACAUACCUCAUCAAUCACUUCUACGCGCAGAGCAGAUUCCUUUCCGAUCCGUCCUCCCUCUGCAUUCCGAUCCUUUGCCGGCACUCCGAUUCGACUCCUGGGCCCAUAACCACGUGUUGAUUUAAGCAGAGUCUGUCGUGCCAGCGGAAGGAUGAGGAUACGUGCUGCAUACUCUGUAUUGCUUUAUUUACAGUUCAAAGCUGGUAUAUUACAGAAAGACAUCUUGCCUCUGUGCCGGAGCAGAAAAAUGCAUCCUCUCUCCUCUCUCAGCUCGGAGAGAAUCACACACAGUGAAAAACAGGAAACCAGUGUACGUCACAUCCAGUCUCCCUUUCCCGUGAGAAACUCCAACAGUACAGACUGUGGAAUGUAAACACCUGUCUUGUGACUGCAGUUGCUGCACAGUGAAGGAAAGCAGAAACCAACACUUGAACCCGCCUUGAGAGAAUAGGAAGAUUAGGUGGGGAGAGAUAUGGUCAGGAAUCUGAGUUAUGGCCACCAUUCUGCAUUAAUGGCAUGCUUAAGCGCACAAAGCAGAACACCCUUUGCUAUCAAAUCAGUCUCUGCACCCCUGGUUGUUCCCACAAAACUUCCACAUGAUAAGAAUACUUUCAGUUGACCUAAAACUUGAGGUAUCAGCUUAUUUCCUUUGUCUCUUGUGAGAGACAUUCAGAUCAGAAUAUAUGCCGCCCUUUGAUCUGAUUGCGCCUGCGUUUUUCUGAUUCGUGUAAUGAUAAACAGACUGCAGUGGAAAUUAGCCCUUAGCUAUGAUUAAGUCUCCAAGCAUCAUACUUCAGUGCAAGGGCUUAACAAGCAAAAUGAAUGGCUUCUGUUUCAUAGCUGAUGAACUAAUUGCUCAAAAAUCCCAUUUUCCAGCAUUCACACUAAUGGGCCGGUGCACAAAAGUACUCUGCUGUUGGUGUGGCUGUUUUCUUUCUCUCUCCCUCUUUCCAGCCACAUUGACUAAGCUAGCCCUGUCUCAAGAACACUGGGCUAAUUUUAAAACUUCCCCAUCUUGUGUGUCUUGGCAUAUGGGAAGGUUGCGAAGUUGCUUUAAAUAUUGAUGUGUGUAAUUAAUUUUGACUGCAGGCUCGUGCUGUGUGUUCCACAUUUCCCUCUGGGACAAGAAAUUACCAGUUGCACCAGUGAUUAUGUAAAAGGAGAUGGGCCUAACAAAAUAAAAUUAAAAAGUUAAAUUGACAAGCAGAAUUGUCUAACUCUCAGCCGUGUCUCAAGGUGGUUGGGUGAGACUGAAGGUAUCUGAGAGGGUGAAGACAGCUGGCAUACAGGCUUGUUCAUACCAUCAACCAAUUAGGGGGCACCACAGCAAUUCUGUAGAAUUUAAAGAUUGCCUUUGCUUUCCAAUGUGCCUUCACUUUUUGUACCUAUAAUUGGAAAACUGCAAAGAGAAAAUUAUACGAAGUUAAGCAACAGGAGGAGAAUUCGAGAAGGCGCUAAAUUUUUGGGCAUUUUAUAUGCUGCUUUAAUUAGACUAUUACUCAGAUCACCUGCUCUUAGAUUAUUCACUCUCAAGCUCCGUUUUGUCAUCUGUGUUGUGUGAAUCAUGUUCUGUAUUCUCUUAUAAAUGAAUGUGGAGCAACUUCAAGUAACCAAAUAUGUGUACGGUACUUCAGAAGUUCUGAACUAUUCACUUAGCUGCAGCCAUAAGCAAGACUUUGCUUUAAUAUUCAGCCAGUCCUCAUUAAUGUCUGGAAAUCAGCAAAUGUCUUAUUUUUGUGGAUGAAAUUGGAGGACGUAGCUUUGGUUCUAACAGAUACAUUAUAUGAAUGACACUUUCCCACUCCCAGAAGGGAGGAUCGCCCAGUCAAUGUGCACAAGAGGUACAAGUAUAGGAAGUUUGGUGUUGCUGUGUCACUGAUGACACUAGCUUCGACACAAAAGGAUUUUCUGCCUUUAAAAGGCUUAUUGUGUAACAGCUAUAAUGUGUUGCCGUGUGUGUGUUUUGGGCCACAAUAGAAAACAACAAUUACUAAGCUAGAAACAGUGGAAAGUUCAAGCCAUCUUAAUAAGCACCUCCAUAGAUGGGACUUUUACCUUCACUUCUGUGAAACAGCUUGUAUAUUUGUUGUUGUUGUUUAGUCGUUUAGUCGUGUCUGACUCUUCGUGACCCCAUGGACCAGAGCACGCCAGGCACUCCUGUCUUCCACUGCCUCCCGCAGUUUGGUCAAACUCAUGCUGGUAGCCUUGUAUAUUACUGCCUGCAUUUUAGAAUACACACACACACACACACACACACACACACACACACACAGUAUCCAAAUGGUUUGCAUCAGAUUUGGAUGAAUUCAGAACUAAGGUGAGGUGCCUCAGAAGUGAAAUGGGGUCUAUAUGAGGUGAUAGGAGUCAAAGACAGAACCCCUAAGGGGUUUUGUGGCACCUGGGUGAUCUAGCUGUCAAAAAAAGAAAAAAAAAUACUACAGUCAAGCUUUUGCUAAAAGCAUAUUUGAAAGCUUACCAUCUAAGGUGUAAAGCUACUUCUGACUGAGUGGGGGUGUGUGUUUUCUGAUGUGCAGAAUAUGGGUUUGAUCUGAAUUUUGUGGUUUGUGCAUACCUCUGAUAGUUUGAAAGCUAACCUCCUAGGCUCUGUUGGAUGAUUGGGAAGCAGUCUUCCUAAGAUGAAGUGGCUUCUGGCUGCCACUUUUCAAAGCACAAUCCUAGGCAAGGUCUAUUAUUUCUCCUUGAGCUCCAUAGGGUUCUCCUUGAGCUCCAUAUGGUUGACUCCUGGGUAUGUGGGCACAGGAUUGCAGCCCGAGUCUAUGUGUUAUGUGCAGCAGUCACUCUUAACUGUGGGCAUCCUUCCAUUUAUGAAAGUUGAAAGCUUCAUUAUCUUAUCAAGAGUUCCUAAGUAUUCCCUCACGAGUCAUGAGUAAGCUGCAUCUUAGGCAUAUUAAUAUAUUUUGAGCAGCAUUUCAGUGUUAAGUACCCUUACUCUGAGCUAAGUUAUUGGGUGUGGAGAAACUUGCUUCAUACGUUACAUUUUUUGUUUUAUUCCUGCAGCGAAAGCCAUUAAAAUUGCACCCCUCCCUCUCAUUAUUAACUGCACAUACCUUGUAAUGACAUACACAGCAGGGAAGCUAUUUAGCUUUUUCAAACAGUACAAGUUUUAGACUGUGGUUCUAGGCACCCUGACCUCUGAGUAAGCUCCAUUGACCUUGGUGCAACUUGGUUCUGAGUAACCAUGCUUAAGUUUGCACUGUUAAGCACACACAGCCAGUCUGUAAAUAUAAAUAUAAAAAUAUACAGUCAUACCUCGGGUUGAAUGUGCUUCGGGAUGAGCGUGUUCGAGUUGCGCUCUGCGGCAACCCGGAAGUAACAGAGCACGUUACUUCCGGGUUUUGCCGCUUGCGUAUGUGCAUACGCUCAAAAUGAUGUCGUGCUCAGAAGUGCCAAAAUGUGACCCACGCAGACACGGGUUACAUUUGCUUCUAGAUGCAAACGGGGCUCCGGAACAGAUCCCGUUCGUAUCUAGAGGUACCACUGUGUAUCACUGAAAUAUAAUAUGUAAGGCAGCCCUUCCAACCUCAGCCCUGAAGCCAAAUGUGGCCCUCCAGGACACUCCAGCUGACCCCUGGGAACUUGCCCAGGCUGCACACCCUUUUUAAGCCACACUUCCCAUUGGUCGUGCUCCACACUUUUCUUGAGUGCUCUGGUGCAUGUUUUUGAAGUGUGAUAGCGCCGCUUGCUUGCUUGCUUGCUUGCUGUGGUGUGUGUGUAGAAACCUCUGACCGAAUAUAACCAAGAGUACAAAGGUAAGGAUCACAUCUGUUGGUCCACCCAUACUUGUCUCUGACCCCACCCACCACUGCCAUGUGGUCCCUGGGAGCUCGCCCAUGAGGGACUGUGGGCCUUGGACUGGCAAAGUUUGCUACCCUUGCUUUAAGCAUACUGCCUAGGGCUAUAUUUUUUAUAUUUAUAUUUUUGCCACAGUCCCCAUGUUUUCACAAAACAUGCAGCAACCACAAUUUUGCCUUCUGUUAAAAAGCAGCUUGACUAGCUGAGCUAUGUUUCAUAUGCAGCUUUUACAUAUUUAGAUUUGGCAGUUACGCAUAGUCCCAGUGCCGGAUUUACGUAUAAGCUAAACAAGCUAUAGCUUUGGGUCCCACUCUCUUGGGGGCCCUCAAAAAAAUUUAAAGGGAAAAAAACAACUGGAUGUACAUUUACAAAAUAUAAGAUAAAAAACAAAUAAAAUAAAACCUACAUACAGCAACAGUGUUUUGUGUUGUGUAGUUUGUGUAGUUACUCCAGUGAUAUAAGUAUUGGGCCCCGCCUGCUAGCCUGCUCCCUAUAAUAUCACUGGUUUGCUCAUUUCUAUAUAUAGGGUGCCUACAGGUUACAUGGCAACUUGUGCAAAUGGCUUUAGAUCAUAGCUGUCAACCUUCCCUUUUUUGGCGGGAAAUUCCCUUAUUCCAGCGCCGCUUCCCGCUGCUAUCCCGGAUUGUUAGAUAUCCCAUAGACUGUCCCCAGGACAGGUGAGGCUGCUGAUCCCUUAUUUUCAAAUCUGAAAGUUGACAGCUACGCUUUAGAUACCUAUUAGGUCCAUAAAUGACCACAUAGCAUAUAUUCAACACAAAAAACAGCAACAAUUUGUUGUUGACAAAGGACAGCUGGACAUAUAAAGGGCCCCAUUACCUUCAGUAGCUUAGGGCCUCAUCAAACCUAAAUCUGGCCCUGCAGAAUCCCCAGUGUGAUCUUCCCCCUUUGCUGUCGAUUUAGUCCAUCAUUGUUGCGUGAGGACAAUGUAUUUAAUCAAAAUAAGAUGCGUCAGGCUGCGUUCUAGGCUGUGGCACUGCUUAAUGAGGUUACUGGGGGAGGUGGGAGCCACUAAUAAGAUACAGAUUUUGUUGAAAUGGAAAGGAUGUCGCUAUUCAGUGUUUUCUGUCACUUUCAGGUCAGCUUGUGGUAUGCACCCUUUGCUCCUGUGUCAUGAAAACCAAACAAAUCUGGCUCUUCUCUGCUCACAUGCUCCCUCUGCUGGCACGGCUUUGCCUGGUCCCUCUGGAAACUAUUGUGAUCAUCAACAAAUUUGCCAUGAUUUUCACCGGCUUGGAAGUUCUCUAUUUUUUGGCAUCCAAUCUUCUGGUACCAUACAAUCUGGCCAAGUCUGCAUAUAGGGAACUUGUCCAGGUAAGACGUAUGCAUGUUGAAAUAAAGUAACUGGUUUUAUCAUUAGGUCUUGCAUACUUUCGUAAUAUGGUAGGUGCAUAUACAUAUGCAGACAAACAAACGCACCUAUAUCCAGCAUUUAGGUUUUGGAUGCAAGCCUGGGUUACCCGUAAUGUUGCUUGUAGAAUGUAAUUGUGAGCCAGUCCUAAAAAUGGCUAUUUUUGAGUAAUGCAAAGUGCAGUGCAGGUACCGAUAACACAGAGGUCUCUUUUAGCCCUGUACAUUGGAGGGUUUCAUAGUUGAAUGGGAGAAAUGCUAUCUAUUUCAGUUUUGCCUUAUCCCGUGAAUUAAUAGAGGUCUCAGUGCCCACAGCUCCCUUUCGCCCUUGCCAUCUACACUGCUUUCUGCUAUGCGAAACAUUUUGACAGGAGUUCCAAUAUGAACCAUUCUUGCUGUUUGUAAGCAUUGCCUCCGCUUGUGUAUGAGUGUUCAUGAGGAAUGAAUCCUCUCGACCCAAAAAUACUAUGUAUCCGUGAAGUUAAUGAAACACUGAAAUAGCUAAUUACACUGCUGCAAUCUCAAAUGCAGCUGUAGAAUUGAAGAUGUAUAUAAAUAACCAUCAGCUUGUUAAUUAACACGAUGGUACGUUCUCUCUUUAACAGAGAACUUGCUAUCUGAUCUGUGUGUACAUUCAUCUGUGCAGUGAUGGAAAGGAGGGGAAAUGGGCAGGGGAAAUUAGGGCUCUCCCAGGUGACAAUCUUACUGUUUGCAAGCUGCUUUGGGAUUCGUUUGAGGGAAAAGCAGCAUUGAAAUAUAAUAAAUCAAAUCAAUUCAGUCUUGCUUUGUGAUCUACAGUCAGUGCCAAAUAGCUGAAGGAUAAUUAAUAUUGAUUAAUGAAACAUUAAAUGCAAGAACCACUGGCACUGGAGGGUGGGGUGAUGGCAUCACUUAAUUUUACAUUUAAAAUUGCAUUUGCUGUUAUGAUGUGGCAGACAUGUUAGUGGAGGGAACUUCAGUACCUCUGCCUGUGGCAUCCAUGAUGUAAUUGGCUGUGGCCCCACAACAUCUGCUGGAAACUGGGGGCAAGCUGAAUGAAAGAGAACCCUCACUUUUAUCCUCACAACAGUCCUGUCACAUACCGUAUUUUUUGCUCCAUAGGGCGCACCGAACCAUAGGGUAUACCUAGUUUUUUUUUGGGGGGGGGGAUCUAGAAAAAAAAUCUUAUUUCCCCCCCAGCCCCAAAGGGCAGCGUACAGACUGCGCGCAACCUCUCCCUUCCGGAGGGGUUGCGCACGGCUAUGGCACAAGUCAAGGCAGCCAGCGGGAUCCAUCCCGCUCGCUGUUUUGGCUUCCUCUUUAGUCCCGAGCAACCUCUCCCUACUGGGAGAGGUUGUGCGGGGCUAAAGAGGAAGCCAUAGCCCCGUGCAGCCUCUCCCUGCCGGAGGGGUUGCGUGCGGCUAUGGCACAAGCCAAGGCAGCCAGCGGGAUCCAUCCCGCUCGCUGUUUUGGCUUCCUCUUUAGCCCCGUGCAACCUCUCCCUGCUGGGAGAGGCUGCGCGGGGCUAAAGAAGCUAUAGCCACGUGCAGCCUCUCCCUGUCGGAGGGGCUGCGCGCGGAUAUCCCUGGAGAGCGAGAGGGGUCGGUGCGCACCGACGCCUCUCGCUCUCCAGGCUUCAGCGAAAGCAACGCGAAGCCUUUGGAGCGCGGAGAGAGCGCUCCCUCUGCUCUUCGGAGGCUUAGUGUUGCUAUCGCUGAAGCCAAGGCGCCUGCAUUCGCUCUAUAGGACGCACACACAUUUCCCCUCAAUUUUUGGAGGGGGAAAAGUGUGUCCUAUAGAGCUAAAAAUACGGUAGUUUAGAUGGAUAUACCUUAUCUGAAACUUUAUUCAAGGUGGAUCACUGAAAAAGACAUAGUAAAAAUAUAAAACAAAUGCAACUUUUUUUAAAAAAGUACUUGUAUGUACAUAGUUUAGAUUGCCUUAGUUCUUAUUCAUUUGAAGGCAUUAAAAAUAAGCUGGCUUUCUAAUGCAACCUGUGCAGGAAAUCUUAAUGCAUGGUAAGUACAGUGCCACACACACUCAACAUUUGCAGAAAGGUGUUUGUCCUUGACAAACAGUACUCAUACCACUGUUUUGUUAAUUCCCUGUGCAAAUCUUGACAUUUACUUGAGAAUAUCUAAACAAUCUGGAAGAUACUUACUACCUUCUGUUUGGAUCAUAGAGAUGCUAAUAAAUAAAUAAAAGCCUGUGGUUAAGAAUAACUGUGUGUAAUGUAAGCUAGAGAGAAUGGAGUGCUGUUUACAAGAGGACAGAAUUGUCACUAAGUUAAUUUCCCCCCAAAUUGCAUCUCAGACAAACUGCCUGCAAUCAGAGCAUAAUUAUAGCUCUGAAUUGGCUUUGUGUUAAGAUUCCAAUAUAGUGUAAUUUAGGGUUAGGGCAUGACAACUUCUACAAAAUAACAUGCUGUAAUCAGAAUUGUAUUUGUUCUGAAACAGGGAAAAUAUAUAUUGCUCAAAACAAAAAACUGAGGCUUUACACUUACAAGUAAAAAAAGAUCCAAUGAACUCAUCCAGCAAAUGUUUGUCUGUUUGUCUGUCUGUCUAAUAUAUAUUCCAGGCUAGAACUCGUCUUGUUUAAUCUUGCCCAGAGUUGGCUUAACUGUAUUUUGCUUACUUUGUAUUCCAGUUGCUCUCACUGAUCUGAUUGGUUGCCUUUUCUCAGCUUGAAUUAAUUCAGUGUAAAUCAAUAUUUUGCUCAUAUGUCUCCUUCUGAGACUUGGAGGUGACAUUGUUACCUCCAAGUUUUUUUUAAUGCCAGAAGAGGCAGGGCAAAUCCAGGAGAAGGAUUUAAAACACAGAAAUACUGCUUUGCAGCCAUAUUUCCAGAGCCCUACAGUUCUUGAAAGCACAUGGGUGAAGAAUAUAGGCAAAACUGGUUGCAUAUCCUGUCCCCACCUCCAGCUGCAAUUAGAGUUUCUGGGCAUUCUGUCUAGUGAACCUACCUCUGUUGUUUCCAGUUGCUCAUGGCAGUGUAUCCUUAUCUAUCCCCCCCAUUAGGGAAACACCUUGUUGAAAGUUGAAAAUGCCAUAUCAGGGGUAGCCAGUGUGGCGUCCUCCUUAUGUUGUUGGGACUCCAACUCCCACCAAUCUCAGCAAGCAUAGUCACCUUGGCAAAAGCUUCCAUUGCAGAAGUAACAGUUGAAUCAGCUAAGUACAUGUUUGCUGCUCAGCAGUGGCUAAAGAGCACAAAAUUUAGGAACAGCCAUUGAGAAGCUACAUUUUGAUAUUCUGGUACUUCCAUUGUUAUCCGUAAAGUAGUUCUUAACCAUAAAUAAGUGCAACAGCUGAACUUUCAAAAAAGCCAAGCAGACUGUUGUGCACAUUGCCAUAGCUGAACUUCAAGCACAGAAGUUUUGUGCAGAGCUUCUUGCCUCCGUUUUACUUAGUCAUUUCAGAUAGCAUUUUGAUCUUGCCAUAAUUGCUUUCCCAUCCCAUAUUGUUCCACACACCCAACCACUACUGAUCCUACUCUUAGAGCAUGAUCAGAUUCAAAGCCUUCCAUCGAUGCAGAACUGAGUGUAUUAUAUAUAUUUAUUUAUUUAUUCAUUCAUUCCCCGCCCAUCUGGCUGAAUUUCCGCAGCCACUCUGGGCGGCUCCCAAUCGAGUGUUAAAAACAAUACAGCAUUAAAUAUUAAAAACUUACCUAAACAGGGCUGCCUUCAGAUGUCUUUUAAAAAUAGGAUAGCUAUAGGAUAGCUGCUUAUUUCCUUGACACCUGAUGGGAGGGCGUUCCACAGAGCAGGCACCACUACCGAGAAGGCCCUUUGUCUGGUUCCCUGUAACCUCACUUCUCGCAAUGAGGGAACUGCUAGAAGGCCCUCGGCGCUGGAUCUCAGUGUCCAGGCUGAACGAUGGGGGUGGAGAUGCUCCUUCAGGUAUACAGGACCGAGGCCGUUUAUCAUCAUCAUCAUCAUCAUCAUCAUCUCAGUAAAGUGCCAAGACACAAAGAUGUGCCUUAAUUAUCAAAAUGCUAGUUUAGGAACCAUAGAUUGCAACUGAAAAAUGAUUUUCUUUUUUUUCUUCUUUUUUUAAAAAAGGUAAAAGUGGUGGCUCAGAUUUGACACCUGUGAUUUGUCAACAGGAAUGUGGCAAAAAUAGUUGGCAGAGUGUCUGUUUGGUUGUGACAGUAAAUGUGAAUAACUGUGCCGUCACUCAUUAUUUACAUCCAGUGAUCCCCAUUUUCUCCUUCUGAUAUUUAGAUUUUGGGGAGGCAGCGGAAAUCAUUAAAAAUCUUCUCUUCUUUUAACUUGUCCAGGUGGUUGAAGUGUAUGGCCUCCUGGCCCUUGGGAUGUCCCUGUGGAACCAGCUGGUGGUCCCUGUCCUCUUCAUGGUCUUCUGGCUGGUACUGUUUGCUCUUCAGAUUUACUCCUACUUCAGCACACGGGAUCAACCUGCCUCUAGGGAGAGGCUACUCUUUCUCUUUCUAACCAGGUAAUUAACAAAAAAAUCUGUAGCGGACUGUUGCUAAUCUGUGCUGUGUAAAGCAGCAUGGCUGGCUAGAACAUUAUACUCUAAAACAUAUGGAGGGCACCAGGGUGGCAAAAGCUGUAUGCACCUGUUGGCAUAUACACCAUCAUAGAAGUUUCUACACAUGUGACAGGGCUCACCUCACAAGCAACAAAACCUGCACCACAGAGCGUUUGCACAUACAUGCGUAUGCCUGCAAUCCUCCCCACCUUAUUUUUUAAAGGAAGAAUUACAGAAAUUGGGAGUUCUUGUUUCUGCUAACCUUCCUUGCCCCCCUCGGUAAAUGGUUUUCAGGAGGAAAUCUAAGAGAAGGCUUCUUUGGAGGGUUUAGCAGCCAAAAUGAUCAAAAGUGGUUGGCACUCUACCCCAAGGAAAGGUUCUGUUGCAGUGUGCUUUGUGGAGUCAUUGUAGCCUUUGUCUCUCAGGGCCUUUUGCAGUCCUGCAUGUUCCAGGAAGAAGAAGAAGUUUGGUUUCAUUAAUAACCAUAAAUAACUAUAAACCGUUUAAUGGGAUUGCAGAGUAACACAUCAGAAUGGACCCAAACCCUCAUGCGGCAGCUUAAUUUAUAAUUUUACAAUCAUAGUAGACUUGUAUUGUGCAGACAUCUUUGGGCUCAUGCAGACUGACACUGGAAAUCGUGUAGAGAAAAUACCUUGUCAACUACUAUUGGAAACCUUGUAUGUUGGAAUGGAAACUACUAAUGGAAACCCUUCAAUGUUGGUGCCCCACAAUUGGUUUCUUGUGUCUAAUAUUUGGCUAAAUGGGAAUUGAUGUAUAAAUGCAUUGGUAUAACCUUGCAUCUAACUGGACUCUUUUGGAUUGAAACAUCAAUGAGCAAACUAAAAGUAUUAAUUUCUAUUCAUCAAUGAACGACUUAUUAUCAAAAUAUAAGCGGACUGGACCCCCUGCCUCAAUGGUACUAUCUUGUAAUACACAUCUCCAGUAAUAUCUCCAAUAGUUGAAUAUUGCUUCGUGAUAUGUGUGUACCCAUUCUGAGUAGAAAUGCUUUAGGAUUUCACUGCUAUGCUAGAUGUGUAGCUUCAGCAUUAGUAUUUAUAGAAUAUGGCAAUAGACUGAUUCAUACUGAUAUUCCCCUGCUUGCCCCUGUCUCCAUUCCCCUCCUAUUCUUACUCUAUUGUUCUCCUUGUGUCUGUUUUAGCCGCAUCAAACCUCUUCUGUGUAUCUAUGCACAAAGAUCUAAUUCAGCUGCAUUUUCUCCUUCCUAGUAUUGCAGAAUGCUGCAGCACUCCCUAUUCCCUCCUGGGUUUGGUGUUUACAGUCUCCUUCGUGGCACUUGGAGUCCUAACCCUCUGCAAGUUUUACCUGCAAGGCUACCGAGCAUUCAUGAACGACCCAGCUAUGAACAGGUAAGUGCACAGCAGAGGAUGCUUAAACCUUUGACAACUUAGGCUGUGUUUAGUUAGGCUGAGCACAGCAUAGUAGAAUCUUUCUAAAUCGCCACAAAAAUAGCUUACUAUAUUGCUCAGGUCCUACUGUUAUUGGAUUUGACACUGAAAUAUAGGCUAUCUUGUACCUUUCUCCCUAAGAGACAUGCUGCGUAGCUCUUUUGCAGUGCAUUCCAAGAAGAUUGCAACUUGCUCAAGUUUUACGUACACGAUCGCAGCUUUAUAUGCUUGGCUGAAUUUGGGGGGGGGGGGCAGAAGAGCAGGGGACCAUUGGAGAUCUUGCAAGAGCCUCCAUAGCUCACACAGGCACUUCCCAGAGCCCAGUAAGCAAAGCAGAGAGCUUUAAAAGUUAUUUUGCACAUCUGAUGGUAAUUUUUCUCCUAAGCUUUUAUUGCAUUAUCAGUUUGCCUCACUUUUGCCUUUUAUAUUUUUUGCUCCCUGCCAGAACACCCCAACCUGAAAGGGGAAAAAAUCCUCUUCAAGCGCCUCCCCCAGAGCUUUGUUUUAACACAGGGGUGUAGGACUUGUGGCACGUCAACUUCAACUAACAACCAUUGGCCAGAGCUGGUGUAAAUUGCACUCCAGCAACAUCUGGAGGGCCACAGGUUCCCCAUCCCUCCUUCAACAAUUCUUCUUACUUCAGCCUGCAGUUCCCUUGUAAUGUUUUAAUGAAUGUACACCUGCAUUUGCUCGCCAUCUUGAUGAGUAGCCCUAGUCAGUUGCCCUUGGUUCUCACGUCCCCGGUUUUAGAUUGUAGGCUUCUCAGAGUUGGAUCUGGUGUUCCUUAGCUCCCCAAAGCACCAGGCACAUUGUGAUAUCAUUUUGUGAUACGUAAUAACCUGUGUUCUCCUCCCUCCCUUCAUACCACAGUUUCCUUCCUUUCUCUUCUGUGUGCCAACCAAAGUAAUUUUGUUUCAUCCUGAAAGCCUGUUUAAAUUACAAGGAGAGACAGCUGAAAAUAGCUUCCUUUCUCCCAACAAUGGCUUGGCAUAAAAAUAGGAAUUGAUAAACAUUAGUGGUACAAAAUUUCUAGAAUGCUGAAAUCUUACAUUGUUACAUAAGCAUAUAUAUUGUACUCAAAAAUGAGCCAAGGAUCAAAGAGAUCAGAAGUGAUCCAGGAUCAUUUCAGGUGAAGACAAGAUGUCGAAAAACAUUCUCUGGUACCUAUAUUGUAUUUUACAGGAUAUGUGCAGUUGUAUUAAGUCUCACAGCUCUGUAAUGUAGGGUCCAUGUGAUCAUUAUUAGUUUAUAUUAAUUGCUAGUGAUUAAAUUUGUCAGCUGCCCUUCACUGUAAGGUCUCAGGGUAGGUCACAUCUAGAAGAAAAAUACAAGGCACCAAGAAAGAUUAAAAACAACCCUGUCCCCAAAUACAAUAGCGUUCUCUGUAACCCUAUCGGACAUGCAAUUGUAUUUAUAUGCAUUUUUAUUGUUGAAAUUCUUAUAGAAUCAUAGAAUCAUAGAGUUGGAAGAGACCACAAGGGCCAUCGAGUCCAACCCCCUGCCAGGCAGGAAACACCAUCAGAGCACUCCUGACAUAUGGUUGUCAAGCCUCUGCUUAAAGACCUCCAAAGAAGGAGACUCCACCACACUCCUUGGCAGCAAAUUCCACUGUCGAACAGCUCUUACUGUCAGGAAGUUCUUCCUAAUGUUUAGGUGGAAUCUUCUUUCUUGUAGUUUGGAUCCAUUGCUCCGUGUCCGCUUCUCUGGAGCAGCAGAAAACAACCUUUCUCCCUCCUCUAUGUGACAUCCUUUUAUAUAUUUGAACAUGGCUAUCAUAUCACCCCUUAACCUCCUCUUCUCCAGGCUAAACAUGCCCAGCUCCCUUAGCCGUUCCUCAUAAGGCAUCGUUUCCAGGCCUUUGACCAUUUUGGUUGCCCUCCUCUGGACAUGUUCCAGUUUGUCAGUGUCCUUCUUGAACUGUGGUGCCCAGAACUGGACACAGUACUCCAGGUGAGGUCUGACCAGAGCAGAAUACAGUGGCACUAUUACUUCCCUUGAUCUAGAUACUAUACUCCUAUUGAUGCAGCCCAGAAUUGCAUUGGCUUUUUUAGCUGCCGCGUCACACUGUUGGCUCAUGUCAAGUUUGUGGUCAACCAAGACUCCUAGAUCCUUUUCACAUGUACUGCUCUCAAGCCAGGUGUCCCCCAUCUUGUAUUUGUGCCUCUCAUUUUUUUGCCCAAGUGCAAUACUUUACAUUUCUCCCUGUUAAAAUUCAUCUUGUUUGUUUUGGCCCAGUUCUCUAAUCUGUCAAGGUCGUUUUGAAGUGUGAUCCUGUCCUCUGGGGUGUUAGCCACCCCUCCCAGUUUAUUGUUAAAUCAUUUCAGGAUGUUUUAUGGGAAGCGAUUCAUAAAUUAGAUAAAUGAAUAAUAUUAUACAUAUCAACUAAAUAGUUUAGCUAUCAAAGGCCAAAAGAAAAGUGACUGCCUAAAGCUGUACAGAAGACGGUGCCUGACACACCUCUCCUGAUAGGGAGUUCCACAGUUUGGGGGCCAUCACAGAGAAGGCUCUACCAUGGGCCACCACACACAUACCUCACACCAGCCAUUUUAUGGAUGGUGACUUGCCUAAGUCUGUCAAGUGAACAGAGAUUUAAAUUCCAAGACCAAUGCACUGUAUUGGGGAUUUGCAGCUGACAGCCAAUGUCUCGAAAAAGGAUCAGAUGAAAAAGGCAACAAAAACCCACAGCAUAGUUCUAUGUUACGUUGUACAAUUCUAAAAUUGAGCCAAGUUCGUUAAUACUACAAAUGUUAUUCUUGUUUCCCUCCCCCCUUUUUUUCCUUUUAUGUGAUGAAGAGGGAUGACGGAAGGAGUCACACUUUUGAUUCUGGCUGUGCAGACUGGCUUGAUUGAACUGCAAGUUGUUCACCGGGCCUUCCUGCUCAGUAUUAUUCUCUUCAUUGUGGUUGCUUCCAUCCUGCAGUCCAUGCUUGAGAUAGCAGAUCCCAUUGUCUUAGCUCUGGGAGCUUCAAGAGACAAGUAAGCCGUGCAUUUUCUAGUGGUGUCUAUUGAUUCUUGCUUUGCCAAGUAAAUAUAUGUGGGAUUUUGGAUUAUGGGCUUGUUAGUUUAGGCACCAAACUUUGGCUUCAAAAUAUGAGAAUGAGCAUUCAAGGGUCAUCAGGCUCACUUACUCCUUCCUUCCUUCAUGCAUGAUGAUUGCUUUGCUGGUUGAGGCAAACUCCUGCUUGCCAUUUCCUUUGAACUGAUCAACUAUGGGGCUUACGAUCCUGGUUGGCAGAGCAUGCACAAACCAUAGUUUGUCAGUGUGGGCAAAACAGCAAGCAGAGGUUUGCCUCAAACUUGGGAAUACAGGAGCAAACCACUGCACAAUGCAAGGGAGAAGGGAACAGCUGAUCCCAAGGCUCAUUGAAAUCUUAGUCUCUGUUUCAUUUGAACCAGCCCUGUGUGUCUGGAAGGAAGGCUUAGAUCCUUAGCAGCUGAAAAGAAGUGGGAUACAGGUACUCCCUGUUCAGUCCUCUCUGCUCUCUCUGGUGCUAUUUAUAAUGUAUGGGAGUAGUUCUCAAUCUUAGUAGUCACCGUAUUUUAAUGCAGCUAUAAAAUACUAAAAUAAUGUCAUGAGGAUUAACAGCUCUUCUGCUAAAUGUCUGCCUAAGUUUAUUUUUUGUGUGUAUGUUCUUAUGUAGAAGUUUUGAAUAGUAUAUUGAGUUAGCACUGAAAAGGAGCAGCAUGGCAGGAGGUGCAAAGGGUGGGAUUUGGAGUACGGAACCAAGUCGACCAAUAGCAACCGAAUGAAUACAUAGCAGAAAGUGAGCACAGCAACUGAGGACCAUAAAUCAGAGGAGUGGGGAGAGAAAACCUUAAAUGCGUAAGGGUUAGAAACCUGAAGUUGAUUUAUUAGAACAGCAAGAAUUUGGGACUAAAAUUGCUUUAGUGUUGCAUCUUACCUGUGACCUAAUGCAUAAUAUUUGAGGGUUUUUUUAAAAAAUGUCCUGGUUAGAAGCUCUGGCUUUUUGUACCUUGCCACCGUUCCCUGUAGCUUUGUCUUCCUCUCGUCUGUGUAGCCUGAAAGUGUGGUAAAUAAAAGAAGGCUUAUUUAUAUCCACUGUGUCUGUUUGUUUUGCUUAGAGGUUACUUGUGGCCAGCACAGGUUGUUGGAGCAUGUUAAAUGCUAAAUUUAUUAGCUGAGGGAAAAGGGAAUAUCAGAGCUGCGGCAUGCAUAGCUGGCUCCUAUAAAUUGGCUCUGCUGGCAGCAGGCUGUAACUCAGCUCUGCCAGGUACAAACUAGGCUGGGGAAAGAAGAUCUAGAAAUGGCUAUGGGUGGUGUCCUUAAAUUUUAAGAUCCAGAUGUUGCGCCUUGGUAUUUUCAUGAAGUAUGCAAGUCCUCUCUACACAGACACUGCUGUAGCUUGGAGUUGUGGGUUCCUUUCCCCCCAGGAGAUAGCGAUAUAUCUGUGUGUCCGCUUUAUGCUUAUGUACUGUUACAGAGAGAUAACCCCUUCGGAGGGUGGGGCAUGCAGUCUUCCUCCAUUGAAGUAGGUCACGAAUGAGAGAAGCAACAUGGCACUCAAUAAUGCUACUUUAAUAAAGCUAACUGAGUGCUUUUCCCCCGGCUGCUGAAACGAAAAGACAAUCAUGUUCAAAAGUUAAGUGGGUUGUUACAUAAGAACAUAAUAUGUGCCUGCUGGAUCAGGCCAGUGGCCCUUCUAGUCCAGCAUCCUGCUCUCAUAGAGGCUACCCAGAUGCCCUAUGAAGUCUGCCAUCUGGGCAUGAGUGCAGCGACACUCUGCCCACCUGCAGUUCUUAGUAUUCAGAGCCAUAUUGCCUCUGACUAUGGAGGUAGCACAUAGUCAUUGUGGCUAGUAGUCACCAAUAGCCUUCUCCCCAAUGAAUUUGCUUAAUCCUCUUUUAUAGCUGUCCAUGUUGGGGGCCAUCCUUGCCUCCUGCUGGAGCAAAUUCCACAAUUUCAACUACACAUUGCAUGAAGAAGUGCUUUCUUUUACUACUUGUCUUUAAUUUUCAAACAUUCAGCUCCAUUGGGUGUCCAUUGGAUGCUGGGUUUCUUCUGCAAGGAUUGUGAUGGUCCCCACUGAGACGAUGCUACUCAGCAAGUCACUGAAGACUAAAGCCAGGGCCCUUUUUAAUUUUAAAAUUGUGUUUCUUUUUACAGGAGCCUUUGGAAGCAUUUUCGCGCUGUGAGCCUGUGCUUGUUCUUGCUGGUCUUCCCAGCUUACAUGGCCUACAUGAUCUGUCAGUUUUUCCACAUGGACUUCUGGUUACUGAUCAUCAUUUCUAGCAGCAUUCUCACCUCCCUCCAGGUAAGGUAUAAUGGCCUCCUGUAUGCUGUUAAUUAUUUUUUAGUUCGUACCUGGCAGCAAGGCCUUGUGUGGAACAAGCUGGGAAAGGAUUAGAAAACCAGAGCUGGAAAGCAGAAUGCAAGGUGUUGACCAAGUUGCUGUUGGGAAUACAGACUGAAAGAAUAUGUCUUUUCCAUCAAGCUUGGUCUGUGUUCCAGGCCCAAGUACAGGGCAUUUGUAUUUACAGAUUGUAAUGGGUGGCAUGACAGAUAUACCAAUUUAGAAAACUCCCAUUACUAAGGAAGUUUAAACAUAAACCAUCUAUGUCAAACAGUUGGACAGAACCCAGCUAAAGCAGAGCACUUUCCAUUGAUUUUUAACAGCAGAGUUGACCUUGUGCUCAAAUCUCUCCUGCUGAAAUCAGUGAGCCUUAAAACUACUUAAUGGCUGGAGUGUAUCUAGCAAUAUUACAUGUAACUUAAGCUAUCCUGAUCAUGCCAUAAUGUAUUUGUGUUGAAACUCUUAACAUUGAAAUUCAGACUUCCACUUAAAAUACAUAAAUCAUUAAUAUAUAGUGUUCCACUUUUUUUAAUAAAAAAAAUUAAGCCUUGAGUUUGUCUUGUUAAAUAUAUCAAUUAUAUAUUUAUCAUUAUGCAAGUGCAUUGUUAGAUUAGGUAUCUAUAUUCUUCACCCGUGCAAACAUAAUAUUGAGAAGUUCUAGCUUUGUGACUCAGUCCCCUUUUUAAAUCAGUGUCAUUUUUUCUUGCUCCAGGUGCUUGGAACACUCUUCAUUUAUGUCUUGUUUAUGGUUGAGGAGUUCAGGAGAGAGCCGGUAGAAAACAUGGAUGAUGUAAUUUACUAUGUGAAUGGCACCUAUCGACUGCUAGAGUUCCUAGUGGCUCUCUGUGUCGUUGCCUAUGGUGUGUCGGAAACCAUCUUUGGAGAAUGGACUGUGAUGGGCUCAAUGAUCAUCUUCAUUCAUUCCUAUUACAAUGUGUGGCUUCGUGCUCAGUUGGGAUGGAAGAGUUUUCUUCUCCGCAGGGAUGCUGUGAAUAAGAUCAAAUCACUGCCCACUGCUACCAAAGACCAGUUGGAACAACACAAUGAUAUCUGUGCCAUCUGCUAUCAGGUGUGUAGCUCUUCUGAAAUGGUACUUUUGUGGAUAUUGUUCUGUUUCCUUAUGGUAUUUUGUUGGAAGAGCUGGAGUUUCUGCCUUUGAAUUGGGUUAUAAAUGAAUUGAGCUGGGGAAUUUAUUACUACUGUUACUACUGUUACUACUGUUACUAUUGUUGUUUGUAAACCGCCCUUCAUCCAUUGAUCUUAGGGCAGUUCACAACAUAAAAUUGCAGUACAAUUGUCCUGUUUAGAUACCUGCAGGGCUAGCACUUCCACCUGUGCAAUGGAGGAGUGGGAGCAAGGCUGCCCCUUCACUAUGAUUCCUGCAUUGCAGGUGGUUGGUCUAGAUGACCCUUGGGGUCCCUUCCUGUUCUAUAAUUCUAUGAUUUGCCAGCCUGUCUGCACAAUGACCUGACAUGUAUGAUUCUUCCCUCUGCAGAUGAGUAGUAGAUAGGGUCAUUAUAUUUCCAAGACUUCAAAUAGUAUACUCACAUCACACAUUUUGUUAUGCACUACUUCCACCGUGCAAAUUGUAGCACCAGCCCAGUUAAAUGUUUGAGCUGGGCUAGUCUCUUCACCAGUCACAAUUAAAAACAAAACAAAAAAAGUGGUCAAAGGCAGAGGAUGCCUGUAAUUUUGUAAGAUGCAUCCAACAUAGUUUUUUAAAUAAACAAAAGCUUCACAUUUUAAUUCGUCUUGAAGUCGUAUCUUUUGAAACAAAUGUAACUGCUUUAUAAAGAUCUCACUUUGACAAUUGUGCCUGAAAUAAAUUGAGUGAUGUGUAUGCUGAUAAGCUUGCACUGACAACUUGCUUUGCAGCCGAUGUCUGUAGCCACCCAGAGAUGCAGGGAGGCUGUUGGGUUCCUUCGCACACAGUCUCAACUAGUUUCUCCAAACUCCUGCCCAGUGACUUUGCAAGAACAAUUUAAUCUCUGAGGCCUGUUCACUGCGUCCCUGAAGAACCAGUUGGGCAGAAAUUAAAAGGCCAAUUAUCUAAAUUAGAUCUAGUCUUUUAAGUGAGCAUUAAUAAUGAAGUUAAAAUAAACCUGGAAGCCACACUUCCACAUUUGUGCUUUAAACUCCCCAAAAACUGUCUUUUCUUCCUAAGAGUGCGUGUUGGAUCUGAAUGAAGUGGUUGAAUUGAUGGCUCUUGGAAUACAAAGCUUCUUGUACUUUCCUAGCUACAAUUUAGGAGCAUCAAAUCCAAGCCACAGGUUACUAGUAGAGGACAUGUACUGCAUAUAUAAGGAUCCAGGUUCAAUGGAACUGCCAGUGAAAAAUGCUUCAGGCAGGCAUCUGCAUAUUUUGGCUAGUCUUGGUGGCCAACCAGAAAUUGUGCCAGGAACUUGCUGCUUUUUCCAGGGAUGGUACCCUCUCCCUGACCUCAUGCUGCACUGCCCGACAAUCAGUGUGAGGGACCUUCUCCAGCACCAAGCUUGGAGCUGAGGUUGGGGGCAUUCCAGCAAUCAUGCUGCACUUUUGAGGAACCCUCAUUACCUUGGAAAUAGAGCGCCAAAGCAGCAGGCCCUUUCCAAGCUUGGAACUGGAAAAGGGGAGUGGAGAUAAUCUUGCAGUUGUGCUGCGUUUUGAAGGCUUUCAAAGAACUUCAGAAGCCCAGUACACUGUCCUCAUCUCCAAGAGCGCUGGCUCCUGGGGGCCAAGGCACUAUGCCCCCCAUCUUAUUUUUAGGGGGCUGGGCCCCCCAAUAUUCAGUAGGCUCCACAUGUGACGUCAGAACAUCCCAUCAGACCCCCUCAAUUGUCUGGAGAAGCUGGCGCCUCUGCUCGUCUCCCUUUCCUGUUCAAAGGUUGGGAGAGUGACUUAUCAUGCUAGCCAAAGGGUGAUGGGACAUGCUGUUUCUGCACAGAAUUGUGGCAUUCAUCCAGCUGUGUCUAUGUAGUUCUUGCACUGCAAAUCCUUAGUAAUUAAAAUUUAGCCUACUUGCCUAGAAUGAAAUAUUAUGCUUUGUGCUCUGCUGUUCUCGUGUGUUACUAAUGCAUAGAUAUAAAGCAACUCUCCUCUGUGUAUGAAUAAAGGGUGACAACUGAACAUGGGCAGUUGGGUCAUUGUGGUUUACCUUUUAGCAGUCCAUGCUGAGUUUUAGGGUAGCUUCAGGACUCUGCGUGUUUGCUUGGGCGCUGUGUGAUCCUUCUGCCUUCUUUCUUUCAGGACAUGAAAUCUGCUAUCAUCACGCCUUGCGGCCAUUUCUUUCAUGCGGGCUGCCUUAAGAAAUGGCUUUAUGUGCAAGAAACCUGCCCCCUGUGCCACUGCCAACUUAAAAACCCCACUCAGCCCCCGGGGCUAGGAUUGGAGCCUGUGCCACAACCAAAUCCCGGAGCAGAACAAAACACUGUUCAGCAACAAGCCACUGAGCCCGCUGGUGUAGAGCACCAGGAAAGGGCAGGAGGCAAACCUAGUGACAAUGGACAAGCUGCCAAAGGAUCAGGCUCCCUGCAGGACUCUGUCAAUGUGAAGGAUGACUCUGUCAGUCUGGACACUGCAUCUUCCAGUGAGUCUGGCCAGGGGGAAACUGCCGCCAAAAGGCCGGCUGAAGAACGGGAAGAAGUUGCAACGCGAGACCUAGGGAGCUGCAUCCAGAAUUGAACAGGCGGGCGCUGGUGGAAGAAUUAAGCACUCCAGGAGCUCCUGAUUUGGCAGACGGAAUCUUAAACCCUUUAUUUGUCUCGAACAAGUUUUAACUCUCAGAAUGCUGGCCAAAAUGUAUUUAUGAUAUCCUAUGCUGAUUUUCUGUGAGCUGCUUCGUUUACAGGGCUGCCAGUGGGUUCCACUGGAAACUACCUUAGAAGCUGCCACCAUGUUGCAAAAGGGCAGAAACUGGAAAUCAAAACUGAGUAUUGUUGGAAGGGAAAGUUGGGCGGCGGGAGGUGGGGAACAAAUGUGAGGAUGUUGGGGUGUGAGUGGAAAGAGAGGAAGAGAGAUCAAAAUAAAAGACAGUGUUGUUUAAAUGGAAAAGGGAGAAUAAAAUUCAAGGGCAAUAGAGGUUUGAGUCCAUAUCCUUGGCCUUGUCUUUCUACAGUGAGCGGAGCUCAGUCGAGAACAGUGACACAACUCCUGUAGAUCUCAGAAGUAACAAUAAACAAAUCAAGGAUUGUGUUGGGACAGGGCAGCACUCAAGUAAGUCGAGUGUGGUGCUUUGGGCAUGUCGGGGUAGGGCAUUUGCAUUCAUGUAAUCUAUAGCAACUCUUGAAUUUUUAUGAUGGAGUCUUAAACACUUCAAUGUUUUAGAAAACCUUUUUUUGUUCAUGAACUUUCUGGACAGCAUGGGCUGUGUGAAGUCAUUAAAGCUCCGGUGAACUUUCUGUCUGGCCUCCACCAGUGAGUGCAAGAGAGAAAUGGGAGGAGUUUUAUGGUGCUGAUUGAAGCCUCUCAGUGCUGUUGAGUUCUGUGUAGUGUAUAAUUUCUUGCAGAUGAAUUGAAGCAGUAUUAAUCUCCUGGCAAUAUUUGCACCUUUGGGAAUGAGUACAUCAAUUGUAUGAUCAAACGCCGCAAAUGCCACUCCUAAAGCUGUUAAUAGGAUUUGCACCUUUUUCUUCCCUUUCCCCCUUCUUUGACAAAAAUGUGUGUGUAUUUAAAUUUUUACAUUCAUCAUGGCUUUCAGGUAGAACUAGGGAUGUGGGAGGGAUGGGAGCUGGCAAUUUUUUAUGUGAAUUUUGAUAUGAAAAGGAACUAGUCACUUAUUUAUACACUAGGCUUGGCUCAAUUUUUUGUUUUUCUCGAGAGUUGUUGUACCUAAUGUGAAAUGUGACAUUACUUUAUUUUUUAGUAGUGAAUUUGGAUGUAGACUGACAGACAUAGCUGAAUGUCUCAAUAAAGUACUUUUGAAGAUUUUUA